GAAGCACCUGCCUCGGUUCCCACCGCGGAGGCAGGCGAAGCGCGCCUUCCCUCCGCUCUGGCCCCGCUGCAGUCGUGCUUGGUGAGGCGGGAGAGUGGCCGCGCCGCCGGGGGAGCCGACGCCGCUAGAGGGCAGGGGCGGCACCCGCACGUCGGGCAGGCAGCGCCUUUCCGCUUUUGACUCACCCUUCGGCUUGGGCUCUCCUCUCUUUCUCGCACACCCACCUACGCACGCAGGCAGGGUAGGCAAAACCCCGAGCCGAGGACAGCGACGAAGCCCUGGCCGGAUAAGCAGCAGCGGCAGAGGUGAGUUUAGGGGCUGUUUGCUCCGUGCGCCCUGGGCGCGGCGGGCCCGGUACCUCAGACGCUUCGGAUAUGUGCCCUUAACUCUCACAGCGUCAAAAAGGCGGGGGGGGGCGUGAGGGCUUUGCGCGCGCGCCGCCGCCCCCUCCUAACGUUUGCGCGCGGACCUUCCUCCUCCGUAGGACCCCCCAGAUAUCUGGCCAGGUCGCUUGUUUGGUGGGUGUUCUUGCGCUCGGGGAAGAAAAAGAGGUUGCGCUGCGCUAAUUGGCUGGUUGGGGCUUCUAGCGCAAUAGAAUAAGGGGCUUGGGGAAAGAUAGCGUUGUCCCUUCCUCUUCCUCCAUCUCCUUUUUAUUUAUUUUUUAAGUCAAGGAUCUGAAGACAGAAAACAAGUGUACCUCUGAGCAUGCACGGUCUGCAGACACUUCUAGCUCUCACUUUGUCCACGUCUCCUCAAAAAACUCUGCGGAGUAGGGGAGGAAGGCUUUGAUCCUUGCAUCUUUUAGUAGCCCAGGUGGAUCUCCUUGGCAGCUGAUGGAAUGUAGCUGGGGAUAUUUUUUUUUCUUUUGUGAACUGUGGAAGAUGAGGGGCAUCCUUUCAAAAUGUUUCGGACAUGUUGAGAUUAUUUUUGUGAUGAAAUACACAGAGACAUAUAUACAUGUUUGUGUAUGUGUUCAUAUAUAUUUACACACACACACACACACACGCACACACGUAUAACACCCAGUAGAGUCCUAUGCAGCACUCAGGAGAAAGGAUCCCUGUGUCUUCAAUGGAGCUUACAGCCAGCAAGCUGAGCAUUAAGAUUGCGAUGAAAUUUGUCUCCAUACUAAAUUCUGAAUCUUGGCCAUUAUCUGAUGCUAUUAUGGUAAUUGCUCAAAUCAAAGAAACAUUAAGGUUGUUGGUUGAGUUUAAGAACUUGUUUGAUGAAAUCUGCAUGCUCUUGCAUAGGAGCAGAAGAACGGCCCUGAUCCUUCCGUAAGGGGGAAAAAGAACAUUCUUGGUUGGUUCUUCCGUGGUGCAUUUGAGGCAUUCUCUCCUGCGUGAGAAUGAAAGCAGAACCACCUCUCCUAAGAUGGCACUGACUCUUCUUAUAAUUCACAUUGAAAAAUAAUGUCUCUCUAAAUAAUGUGUUAACAAAGUCUCUUUUUAAUUGACUUUAAAAAGUUUUCAGUCAAACCAAUUGAUUAAAAAUUUAUAGCGCUUAGGAUGUUUCUUUGCCUCUGAGCAUAUCCAGAGUGUUCUUCCUCUCUAAUGUGCAACCACCAAAGAAUCCUGGGAACUGUAGUUUAAUCAUUACAGAGCUACAAUUGCCAGGACCCUUAACAAACUACAGUUCCCAGGGUGUGGGUGUGUACUUUAAAUGUAUGGUGGGUACAUAGGCUACAAGCAGAAGCUCUGUUGGGAAGAUAUAGGGUAGGUUUCAGGCAGUCUUCAAUCCUGGCAUCUCCCUGUUCACUCUCUCCUCUGGGUCAAUUGUAUAUGUAAACGACCCUUAUUUCAGAGUGCUUUAUUUAAACAAAGAUUUAGUCGAUUGAUCAAAUGUUUGCAUAAAUAACUUUGAAGAAAAAAGCAUGAAGUCUUCUUUUUAGAUUUAUGCCUUCAAAUGUUUUGCGUGGCAGCACUUCUUUUCAACUGGUCAAAACUUAACAGUACAGUCGUAUGCAGUAGGGAUAGGGAACCUGUGGCCCACCAGAUGAUGUUGGACUCCAGCUCCCAUCAGCCCCAGCCAGUGGCAGGGAUGAUGGGAGUUGUAGUGCAGCAACAUCUUGAAAGCUGCAACUUCCCCAUCUGUGCUAUACAGCAUAUUCAGAAGUCCCACUGUGUUGAGUAAGACUUACUUCCCAGUAGGGAAGGGUGCUAAGGUUAUAGCCUACAUCAACUGGGCAUGUAACAGGUAUCAAACAUUGCAGGCAUCCUACUCUGAUUAUUAGUACAGACAUUGAUCAUAUAGAGAGGGGGAGGGUUGAAUCCAACUAAAUUCUGCUUGACCUACUGAAAUUAAUAGAUCUGUGGUUGAAUUAGGUCUUCACCAAGUACAUAUAAUGUUGAAUACAACUCAGAGAUGUCAUAGCUGAAAACCCUUAAUCUCAGUGGUGCAGAAGAUGCCAGUGGUUAUUUAAGAGAUAUGCACUCUGCACACCCUCAGAGGCACAGCUCAGCAUUGUUUCAUGUGGUUAAAUUGUUUCCUGGACUGCCAAUAAAUCAUUAGUGAGGGGAGGGACACUAUGACUUAGUGGUAGAGCACUUCCUUUGCUUGCACUUGGUCUCAGGUUCAAUCAUUGGCAUUGCCAGUUUUUUAAAAGGGCCUGGUGGCAAAUGAUAGGAAAGUCCUCUGCCUCAGAUGAGAUUAGACUAGAGAGUUUCUGGCAAUAUUAGGCAAGAAAGGCAACCAGCCUUGCCUGCAGUAAAGCAGCAUCCUACAUUAUGCUCUAUUCAUGAAAAUCCUGGGGUUACUUUCGGGUGUUAGUGAAUUGAUUCUUCUUGCCUCUGGGUUGAUGUCCAGAACUUUCAGGAAACUGUCGUUUAUUAAGCAAUGGGGCUUUGCAAAUGCAUUAACAGGUGCAUUAACAGAUGAGCAGCUCAUCGUUACCAUUUCAGCGGCAACCCUGAGGUACAGGUGCUUCCCAUUAUUGGCAGCAGGGGAGGGCGGGAAAACCCCGAAUGGUCACCGUGAAGCAUAUUCCAUAAUUCACAAUUGAUAUGCCCUCUUGCUCUCUGUUUACAUUUGGUUUUUCUAGGAGUGAAAGGGAGUGACUGUUCUGACGGGCUGCAUCUGUUGACCAAUCUGUGCUGUAAUCUGUUCAAUAUGGCACUGUUCAUUUCCCUUUUUAAACUUCAUUUCCUUUUGGUGUUGCAGUCUCUGCGUUUCGUAAGCCUACAGAUAUUGAGCAUGUCUCUAAAACUACAGCGGAGAAAGGGUUUUUAAUUUUUUUUUUGGUAAUGCUUUUGUUAAGAGAAGGUGGGAAAUUAGCCAACUGCAGCCAAAGUGUUCAUUUUCAGAAUAAAGAACAGCGUUUCAUGGAGGCUGCUGAUUAUCUGAACAAAAUGUGCUCCUAGCCUUUCAAGACCAUAGUUCUUAUUGCGGAAAACAAGUCUUUCUUUCCUGAAUGGAAAUGAUUUCCAAGAGCUAUUUCAAGUUUGACAAUUUUUCUCCCUACACUGCUGGCAUUGAUUUAUAAGGCUGUCACCCACUGGAAACAACAAGAAUCAAAGAAUCAUAGAAUUGGAAGGGACUACGAGGGUCAUCUAGUCCAACCCCUUGCAAUGCAGAAAUGCAUGAUUAAGAGUCUCAUGCUUUUACUGACUGAGAAGUCUUAUAGCACUAACAGACUUACUAUGCCAUAAGCAUUGGAGGACUACAGUCCACUUCAUCAGGUGCAUGAAGUGGCAACCUGAGUUCCGUGCAGAUUUAUAUUUGUGCUUGUCCCCAUUCAACAAACCUUCUAGAACAGUGGUUCUCAAUUAGCUAAGUACUGCUGGGGGUUUUCGGAAUUCAUUAUUUGCUCUGUUCCAAGAAAUCUUCAUUACGAGCCUGUUUGGAUCAUAGAAUUGUAGAGUUAGAAGAGGCCGCAAGGGUCCUCUAGUCAAAUCCCCUGAAAUGCAGGAAUCUCAACUAAAACAUGCAUGACAGAUGGCCAUCCGACCUCUGUUUAAAACCCUCCAAGGAAGGAGAGUCCACAACCUCCUGAGGGAGUCUCUUGCACUGUCAAACAGCUCUUGCUGUCAGAAAGUUCUUCCUGAUGUUUAGUGGGAAUCUCCUUUCUUGUAACUUGAAGCCAUUGGUUUGAGUCCUACCCUACCUUUCAUGUGACAGCCCUUGAAAUAUUUGAAGAUGGCUACCAUAUCUCCUCUCAGUCUCCUCUAGGCUUAACAUAUGGUUUCAUCAGUCCAUGCAACCUAUACAGUCAAUAAAAGUGGCCCAGGUUAUCAGUGUUCUGAGAUGAGCUGCCUCAUUUGAGUUUGUGCAGGCAAACCACAUCUUUGCAUAUGUAGAUUACACAUGUGUUCAUUUUGGAAUUGUAGUUGUACAAACUUCAUGUGAUUCACAAUCUAUUUCGUACACAUUUCAUCUAUGCAGGAAGAACUAGGUUUAAGCUUCCCCUUAUAGCAAUUGCUUUCUCCAAGGGUAUUAAUAAGAACCCUUCAGUGUGAAAUGUGUCCUUUUAAAGAAUUUGUAGCUUUUACAGUAAACCAGAUGGACAGGUGGUGAGUGACUCACAAUGAUGUGAUAAGCUUGUGAAGGUUCAUGACAAAUAACAGAACGAACUUCACCCAGGAAAUCAGCAUGGAGAGGAUGUAAUACUUGCCAGAACCUGUUUCCAAAUGCAAGACUUGACCUCAUGUUAGCCAAUGUUAACGCAGUGGUUUGCGACUGGGGGCAAAAACUGGCCAAAGCUGUCUUGAGUUCAUUGUGGUUCUGAUGGUGAUAUGUUGCUCCCAAGGAACCUGAGAUAGAGAAUAAGAUAGAGAUGAUAACUGGCUGAGGCAAUUCCAGGUUGGUUUGCAAGGUGUUUACAGCAGCCAUUGUGAGACUAGUAGAUGAAAUACACCCACCCACCCACACCUACCUUCACCACCAUAGUCUACAAAAAGGAUCACAUUCUACAUCCCUCAGGUCAUAGCAGCAGCUGCUGCUACUUCCCAAUUCCUUUUAAAGGUGGGUUAAGUUGCAAGCUGGACAUGUGCUGAAGGAUGAGGAAGUACCAGGAGACCCUAGGGAUUGAACCCGUGACCUUCUGCAUGCAAAGCAGAUGAUCCGACCAUUGAGCCUGUACUAUAAAGUGGCUCUUCCCACCAAGCUGAAGGACCCGCAGCAACAGCUGUUAGAAGGCCAGACCAACACUAAGUUUCUCUAAUUAAAACCAACCCUUUGAUUGUGGCUAAGUUGCAUCAGUUCAUAGUCAAAGGAUGGAAGUGGUUUAUCAUUGGGUGUGCAGUAUCUAGGCACAGUAGAUACCCAUCAGUAUCUGUGGAGGUGGGGGGAGCCCCCACCCAUGUGCUUAAACACAUCUUGCUGGAGUCUGCAGAGUUCUGAAGUGCACAGUUGUUGGCCUUUCUUCAUGCCCACUUCAAUAUAAGAUGAUCCAAAUUCUUGGGAAACGUUGCAGGCAAAAAAGGACAUGCCCUCUCCUUGCAGCGAGAACUCGCUUGCAGUGCAAUAUGGCCUUGUUGUCAUUGUGCUGUGCAGUAUAGUUUAGGGUUAAAGAUGCACUCCAGUUGCGUAAAGGUUGACUGUGACGGUACUACAUGUUACUGAGGAAAUGUAGGCUGGUGCUAGCCAUGCAUGCUCGUAAUGUCUGGUUGGACACAAUGAGAUGAGACUAGUCCAUAACUAGUCACUAGAUUCUAGUGUGAAAUAUCCUAUUGGAGUGUGUUUGGUGUGCACAAUGUAGAGAUAAUUGGGCAAAACGGCUUCUUCCCUGUUUUAGUAUCCCUCCUUCAAAUUUUAAAUACCUCCCUUUUUAAAAAGCUGUAGUGUAAUACGCAAGGUGAUUAGAAACCCUUUUAUAAAAGCUGAAGCAGGAUUAAUCAUUAAACUAGCUUUUUUUUUAAGUGUUUUUUUUUUAAAAAAGAAAAGCAAUUGCACAGCACAGUGUCACCUUGACAGCAUCCUAUUCAGUGUAGGAUGGAGAAUAUGCAGAUCUGGUUACAAAACUGCGUGCUUCAUACUUGUGGGAUAAGUUCCAUAAUUACCAGUACUACUACUUCUUUUUUUAAAAGGCAGAAUAAUAUAAAUCGGUGUUGGAAUGUGAUAGGGAGUAUGUUUUCUUCCAUCAUGCUCUAGUUCAUAAGCCUAUUUCUAUUAUGCGAAGGUGGCUCUUCAGUUCUCAUUUUACUGAGUUAGGUUUGCAGUGGUAAUACAGUGGGUAAGAGCCUUUGCUUCAAGCCAGGAAAUUCUAAAUAGAAAUUUGCUGCCACUGUGAACCACUGCAGUGGUUAGAGUGGCAGCCUGGGACAUGAGAGACCAGGAUUCAAAUCCCCACUUGGCCAUGAAGCUCACUGAGUGACCAUGGGCCAGCCACUGCCUCUUAGCCUAACCUACCUCACAGGGUUGUUGUGGGGAUUAGAUGAGGAGGGGGAGGAUAGUGCCUUGAGCUGCCAAGUAUACUGCCUUGAGCUCUUUGGAGAAAAAAGUGGGAUACAAAUGAAAUAAGUAACUAGCUAGCAAGGGGAGGUUUGGGAGAGUUGCCAUGGGAUCAAAAGUAAAUGUUAAGUAAUAAAAGUCACGUUCCACCUUAUUCCAAGAGCUUAAGAUGGCAUAAAUGGUUAAGUCUCUCUCUCCCCCCCCCCCAUUUAUUGUAAUAACCCUUAAGGUGGGUUUGCCUGAGGCAGCGUAACUGACUCAAUGUCACUGGGUAGGCUUCAGGGCUGAGUGGGGAUAUGAAUUUGGGUUUCUAUAGUGAGAUACUGAUUCCCCAGUCUGCAGAAGAAUUGUGUAAGGUCCCAAGAUGGUAAUCCAUAUUCAGUAAACAGCACCACCCCCAGCAGCCCCUCUCCACAAAAAUUCCCAGUUUGCAGGUUAUAAUUCUGCAGUGAGGAACCUCUGGGUGCAGCAAUAGGAGGGAGAAGAGGAGACACAUUUUUUGAGUUAAAGGAUGGUGUCUCCCCUUCCAAAGUUUCCUGCUGCUGUCUACCUCCAGCUCUUCUCCCUUUGAUGGAGGUGGUGAAACAUGAGCUACCACUAGUGUGGAAUUUCUGAGAAGAAUCUGUGAAUAAUGUGUUUUGUGUUGCUGUGUGUGUGAUUGUGUUUUCCCGCCCCCCCAAGAGCCAGGAUGCAAUUCUGCAAUUACAUAGUUUUUAGGGUGUGCAUGGGACCAGGGUCAAAUGAAGUUGAGUGGAUCCUCAAGCUGAUAUUGUUCAGGAAUUCAGUUUAAAAUGCUAUAGCGUCAUUGCUCCUCUCUUAUCCUAAAUGAGGGCCAGUUCUCACACAGCAGUGUUCGUGAUGCAAUAAGUUGCUUUAUUCGAAAAAGGCUCUUGCAGAUCAGAUAAGCCCAUCAGUGCGAGCACUGUAGCAACAUCUGAAAGGAGGUGCCUGUAUCCCAUCAAUCCUAUUUGGGACUAUAAUCCAAUGUGUCCUUUUCUGGGUUAGGCUAUUUUGCAACCUUUCUCUCUCUCUCUCAAUUGACGUGUUAAUCAGCUUUGACUCUGAUAUGACAUCUUGAAUCUUCAGAUUGAUGAUGACAACAUUUGCCAUUGUUUCUGUGUUCCUAGUUGAGUUUCCACCUCCCCCCCUUUUUUUUAAAGUAAUGCUUUACCUCGCUCCCUGAUUACUUGGUUUCUUCAGUAGCUAAUUGUGAGGAGUUUGUCAAAGGCCCAUUGAAAGCCUGAAUAAAUUACUCCAGCUGGUUCUCCUUUAUCUUCUACUUCAACUGGCAUUUUAGCAGCCUGAGAUACUGUUUAUCCUUUGUGCAAGUCUCACAAUGGGAACCUUAAGGGGAUUUUUCAUCUGUGCAUGUUCACACAGAAGUGAGUCCCUCUGAAUUCAGUGCGUUUUACUCCCAAAUGAGCAUCCAUAGGGUUGCAGCAGGACAAAUUUAAUGUGUGACUUUUUCCUCUCUCCUUUGAGAGUGUUAUGGCCUUAAUCCAGGUGGGAAUGGGCGAGGGCCAAAACACCCCUUUCUCUUCCAAAUUCUGCCAUGCACUGAUCACGAACAAGUAGGACAGCUUUGCUGAAGGCCUUGUUCAAUUAACCCGCUGUUGAGGAUUCAAAGAUGGCGAGGAAGAAGGAAGAGUUGGGGCAGGUAAAACCUCGUUGAUCCUCGUGGGAAGAAGCAGAAAAGUUUAAAUAAUGUCGUCUAAGGCUGUGUACUCACUAUACCUUUUGAGUAUAUUCGAAGCACGUUCUUUCCCUCAAAGAAUUAUGGGCUCCGUACUUUGCCUCUGACAGAGUUACUGUUCCCAGCAACCCAUUAGAAACUACAGUACCCAUAAUCCUUUGAGGGAACAAAGGUGCUUCAGAUGUGCUUUGAAAGGAUAGUGUGCAUGCAGCCAUAGCGGAGUGACUGUCUGCUGCCUUUUCCAUGGAUGCUGAGCCUUUCAUGGAAUGUGCCCUUCCAUUGUUAUCUCUGACAGUUCCAGAUAGAUGGGUUAGAAUCCUUUUCUUUUUUAAAAAAACCCAUCUUAAAGAGCUUCCAGAAAGGUAAGCAUGUUUAGAACACCAGAGAGCCUCAUGACAGAUUAAUACUACUGUUUACUAUAGCCUGAGAUGCAAAAGGGUUGAACACACUCAAAGAGAGAGAGAGCGUGCAAAGAGCUGGUGAGGCUAAGGCUGCUUCCCACCCCCUUGCUCAUCCGUGAGCUGCAGUUUUAUUAUUAUUUUUAAAUGAUAUUUAUUACUUUUUCAAAAUUUCCAACACAGCAACAAACACAAGGAAAAGGAAAAAAGAAAGAAAAAACAAUACAAAUAUCAAAUCAAGCAAAGACAAACAAAAACAAUUUAAAAACACCUCAAACAUUUUCAAUAUCUUAUAUUUCAUUCACUUAUUUCCAGCGACUUCCUCACACCUCCCUUUUUGUAUUCUACUUCUAUUAUUUGUUUCAGCAAUUCCUUUCCAUCUUACUCUGUUUUCUGUUCUAUAAUUAUCUUAACACAUUCUUGCCAUACUUUUUCUUUAAUUUUCUAUUAAUCUAUUUAUAAUUAAUUCCUUAUGACAUUUCAACUAAAGCCAUGUAAUUUCAUUCCAACAUUUUUCUAACAAUCCUUAAAUUUACAGUAUUUCUAUAAAUAGUCUUUAAACUUUUUCCAAUCUUCUUCCACCGGCUCUUCACCCUGGUCUCGGAUCUUGCCAGUCAUUUCCGCUAAUUCCCUAUAGUCCAUCUACUUCGUCUGCCAUUAUCCAACACUUUGGUGUUUUCAAGAAGCAACCAUUCUCUCAACCAGCAAAAGGCAGAUGAUUCACAAAGAAGUUUAAAGGUCUGGCAGGGCAGGUCCACCUCCUUCUUUAGCAUCCAUCAAUAUCUUAAGCUUAACUCAAGGCUUCCUGCCCUGCCAAACAACUCUAGGACCAUCCCUCUGCCACCUCCUGAGACCCUCCAUCCCAUCCAGAGCUUGCAAUGUUUGAAACCACAACAGCAUCCCCAGCAACACAGCAGCCCCCAUCCCCACCACAACAACUCGGCCCAACAGUAACAUCUUCUGAUUUGACCAUAUUUCCAAAUUCCCCUUCUCUUCAAUCCAACAUCCUUCGCAAUUGUCCUUAAGCAGAUUCACACUUUUGGGGGUCAUACUAACCCCCAAAUUCCUCUCUUUCUCAACCAAUGUUAGUCCUGUCGCCUCCUGAAGCUCUGUCAGGCUUUCCUUCUCCAACUCAAACAGGGCUCUGGUCCCCAAAUUUAUCCGCUCUUCUCUAAGUUCAAUCAUAACGAAUGUCAGCUUAUGUUCAUCAAGUUGUCUUUGUAUGGGUGGGGCUCUCCCCUCCAGUUGUAUCACCUUAAGUUCAUCAGCAAGGGUUUUUUCCCCUGACUUCAUCUGCAGUUUGCCGUAUCAGAGUAGAUUCCUGUAUCAGUUUCUGGGUGGUUUCUGAAUUAGUAUUCACCUUUUGUCCCAACUUAUUUAAACUUUCUACAAUUAAAUCAGUCUCAAUAUUUGCAACAUCCAGUUUCGCAUUCCUCGCAUCUGUUUUCUUGUGGAGUUGUUCCAGCGAAUCAUUUAUUUUCAAUAAUGCAGCCGCUAAGGCCUCCUCUGUCAACAUCCCGUCUGCUUUUUCCCUUCCGUUUGCCAUAACACUUUAGAAAUUCAAGGUCAAUUCCAAAGUCUCACACUUUUCUUAUCUUGCAGCUGGAAGUUCCCCCAGCCCAGCUCCUGUAAAGUAACCAAUUUCAAAAGUUUCCACUAGGGGGAAACAAGUUGUAAUUGUAUCGGUCAAUAUGUCCUCUUUUAAACACAGUUUCAAUAAUCCGAAGUUAAUUUCAAUUCUCAGUUACUUUCCUCCUUUUUAAAAAACAGCCGGGAACAGUAGAAACAAUGUAUUUCUCUUAUUUAGCUAGCUGUCAAUGAACGUUCUAAGCGCUGUCAAUGAACAUUCCCUCCAAAAAAUCAAUCUUACUAGCAGCCCGUUUCCAGGGUCUGAGCAGCGGUGUUUUAAGCCUCUCCGCUUUCUCCCGCAGGCAUAUUCAAUCCACACCUUCCCCCUCUCUUCUCCUGCCUCCAAGAGGGGGUUUAAUGUUCUUUAUCGUUGGAAAUUUGAUCUUUUACAAAAGACCUUCCAGGACUCCAGCUUGCAACUUCGUUGCCUCAGUCUAUUUACACAAAGGGAAGGCGGACUUCCUGUUUUGUACCUCCCCGUUACGAUGCCAAAUUAAACUUUUAGAGAUCCAAUUCUUCCGUUUCAACUCUACUCACAGGUAAUUACUUUAAAGUCAAAUUGUCCACAGGAAAAGGUCAGCGCUCUCCGGCAACAGCAAUGCGGCUUCGCUCCGUGGAAGAAGCAGACGAUUCGAUGCACCGCGCCGCUCACCCCACGUCGCUCCGGAGCCCCAAAAACCGGGGUUCCCCGCGAGUGGGGGAGGUGCAAAACAGGCUUCUCCCGCCUGUGAUUUUAACGGGUCUCCGCCUUCGCCGUGGCGGCCAGACCCAGAUUUCCACGGAGCAGAUUCCUCCCGGUCAGAGGAAUUCUGCCAUUGCCGGAGGCGCCUCCCCCGGAAGUCCCGUGAGCUGCAGUUUUAGAUCGUCUACUGAUUUGGAGCUUGCUUUUUCUUUCUUUCUUUCCAUUUCAAAGUAUUCCAAAACUGGAAGGAACCAACUGAUUAGAUAUUUCCUUUUCAGCUAGGUUGUGGUGGUCGGAGUACAGUAUAAUUUGUUACUUUCACAGUGCUUUUUUCAUUGAUGGGUAAUAUGGUGGAGAGAAUAAGGCAGGGCACACUGUAAUAAAGUGGCUUGACUCAUGGUCAGGAAUUGGAUUUUCUGGAGGAAAAACCUGAGCAAGUGGUGGUGGGUGGGCUUCAGGUUCAACUUUCUUGUUGCCUCUCAUGGCUCUGACUUGGAAACUAACAAGGACAGAAUCCCACAGGGGUUAAAUUUGGCCCAGAGGUUUCCACUUCCCAAUUCCUACUAUAAUGCAGUCAAGACACCAAAGAUACCUGCUUCCAGCAUUUUUCACAUACUAACUAUGCCACAGUUAUUUCAACAAUGUCUAGACACUUAAAACCAUCAACAUGCCUUUUAACCAGGAGAAGAUUUGGUGAACUUCAGCAGUUGAUUCCCCCCCACCUUGGUUUGCAUAAAUUUCUGAGUACGCCAGGGAAGAAAAGAGUAAUGGAGUACCUAGCACAUUUUGCACGAAUUCCAAAGAAACGUCUGAACCACAAUGUCAUGUUUUCAGAACCAUUCAUUGAGUUUCUCCAUUACUGCAGACUCAAAUCAUUGAAAGAAUUGCUAGGAAAUUGGUGGGGGUUAUAAUAACCGUGGUUUUGUGUCUGUUAAAUGUGGCGUAUGGAAGCCUUAUGGCAUGGAGUCAUUCAUUAUAUGUUGGCUUAUUUUGACAUCCUGGAAAAUUAGAUCUGAUUUUUUGCCUUUUUAGAAUAAACCUGAAAGCAUGAACUGUCUUAUAAACUUGUUUUUCUUACAGAGGUAAAACGUUUUACAGUGGUACCUCAGGUUAAGAACUUAAUUCGUUCUGGAGGUCCAUUCUUAACCUGAAACUGUUCAUAACCUGAGGUACCACUUUAGCUAAUGGGGCCUCCCGCUGCCACUGUGCCACUGCCGCACGAUUUCUGUUCUCAUCCUGAAGCAAAGUUCUUAACCCGAGGUACUGUUUCUGGGUUAGCGGAAUCUGUAACCUGAAGUGUCUGUAACUUGAAGCAUCUGUAACCCGAGGUACCACUGUAGUAGCAACUCACUAAAAUCAGUGGAAGUAUUGUUGCAGAUUAAAUGCACUGCAGGUUGUAACCAUGCAGUCCCAAACUUUGCAUACUUAUUUGAGUUCAGUUAUGUUUAAUCUCAAGUAAGAGUGUCUAACAUUGUAGCCGUUUCCCUUCCAGUUUUGAUUAUGGAGAAUGCAUUGUGUACAAGGUCAACUUCUUCUAAAGGAGAUGUAUAACUGCAAUGUUUAAGUGUUCCUUAGAAAAAAACAGAACAAUUAGUUAUGGAGGAUGAAGGCAACAGGAAAUAUGGAAAGUGUGUUUAUUCUUUUAAUACACACUCACCCACCCACACCCACACAGUUCUUUGUUACUCACCUUGGUUUAUUUCUAAACAAGGAGAAAUGGAAACAAAAAUAUCAAUUACAAAAAAAAUACAGUAAAACAACCAAAGCAAAACAGUGGUCUUGUUUGCCCAUCAUGAUAAAUCAUAGUUAAUGAUUUUCUAUGAAUGUGGAGAUAGUUUCUACUUUGUUUCUCCCCUAGCAUAAGGGGGAAACCCCAUGAUCCCCAGCUUAAUGUUAUGUCCACGCCCUGGGAUCAUGGGUUGUUUCACUCCAAACAAACCACAGUUGGUAAGCCAAUAGCGAAACGUGGCUUAACAAUGUGGUUUGUUUGGAGUGAAACAAAUCACACUGCCAUCAUAAUGGUGGAAACAGAUGGGAAAUAACAACAGUCACCCAGCAUCACAGAACGGCAACAGAUGUCUCAUAACAAUCACAGCUAGUUCCUAAAAGCAUAGGCCCCAAAUAUCUGAAAUAUAGCCUCCUUCCCUACAGACCCUCUUGGGUGUUAAAAUCAACCGAAGGGGAAUCGAUUUAGUAGUUCUACCCUAGGAUAUUUGUGUGCACGUGUGCGCGCGUGUCCCUGAAUAAUCCUGGCCCCAUAGGGCACACCAUGUUUUUUUUCUUCAGAGGGGUAGCCAUGUUAAUCUCUUGCAACAAAAAUAACCAAAGUGCCUUGUGGCACCUGAAGGACUGGCAAGCUUAUUGCAUGUGCUGUAGGGCGGACUUCGUUUUUAUUUGCCUUGAAUCUUCCAACAUUCCAUUUCAUUGGACGUCCUUGAGUUCUAGUGUUACAAGAGAGGGAGAAAAAACUCCUCUGUUCACUGCAUAAUUUUAUAAACUUCUAUCAUGUCACUUCAUACUCUCCUUUUCUUUAAAUAAAAAGUCCCAAAUGCUGCAACUAUUUUUCAUAGUGCUACACAGUUUUCAAACCAUCUCCAGCCUGUCUCCCAGCUUUGGAGGUGGAUUAAUGGCAGGGGUUGCCAUGAAGGAGCUGGGAUAAUGGUUGCUCUCAGCAGCUUCAAAGUUGGGGCGAAGGCUAGUUUGCUCAUCAUCCUUACCAGAGGUCAGCAUCAUAAUGAAGUAUAAUUUAUACUUAGGAAGACUAAGAAAACAUCAAAAUGCAUGUGCAGUGAAAUGUGCAUCGUUUAAUUUAUUUCCCCCAACAAUUAGGUUCUUUAAAAUUAAAGCUCCAAAGAGUCUAAAGCAUUAAAAAUUAAGAAGAAGAAGAAGAGAAUGAUCUUGAAGAACUAGAAAACAUUCAGAGUUCUACCCCAAAACGAACUUAAUUCAGGUUCAGUUCAGCCAGCCGAUAUGCCUAGGAACCACUUACAGGAGUUGUUUGAACUAAUUUGGUGAACUUUGUUAAACUGAACUAGUUCAUUCCAAGUACUGUAUCCGCACAGUAACCCUGUGAGGCUGGUUAGGAGGAGAGUGACUGGCCCAAGGUCAUGGCUGAGUGGGGAUUUGAACCCUGGUCUCUCAGGUCCUAGUCCAGCACUCUAACCACUACACCACACUGGCUGGUUGGUAGAAAGAAAAGCUUCUUUUCCCUCUAGUGCCAGUUUUUCAAGCUUUUGGGAGUAAUGGAAGGAAGAGAAAACAAAAGACAAUAUCAAAUUCCAGGCAGGUCAACUUUAUGCUAACCUUGCCUUCAUUUGCCACAGAUUGUGCCUAUAAACCAAAUUUAAACAAAGUCCAAAGGUGGUUGAAGCUAAACAGCUUUAUCUAACUAGCACCAAGCAUUUCUUUUUAAACAUAGGAUUAAGCCUAUCUUGGCUGCCAUCCAUGUAGGUUAGGCAAACGUAUUUUAUAAGACGAUUCUGCUGUUUGGCAACAAAAGAUAAAAGCUUUUGCCAAGGUUACAGAAAAGAUAAAAGAUUUGCCAAGACCUAUCUCGGCAAGAGGAGAAAACGGAAACUACAUUGCUUUUUAUUUAUUUAGCUGUUAACUACAUUUCUUAACCGCUCACUUGGUAAUGCACUCAGGGUGUUGUAUGAUCCAAAAUAAUGAGUUUAACAGUCCUGUUGACAUGAUACAAAAGGGAAAAGAAAUGAGGAAGGCAGAGGAAAACUGACAAAUGCAGGUACCAACCCUGACAAUUUAAAAAUCAAAAUGAAAUCUGACAGGGUUGGGCAUAAUAUUAGCCAUGCUUGGGCUGGCAUCUGUUCUGCAUGCAGAAGGCCCCAGGGAUAAUCCCCAGGAUCUCCAUGUAGCAUUGGGAAAGAUUCCCUGCCCAACAUCAUGAAGAGCUGCUGCCAGUCAGUGUUUAUAAUACUGAUGUAGAUGGACCAAGGAUCUGACUCAGUACAGGGCAAGUUCAGAAGUUUCUUUGCAGUGUGCAACCUUUUCAUUGAUUUUAUUGGGCCUGUUCUGAGUAUGACUUAAUUGGAUGUCACCCUUACACUUCUAUUUUGCAAAGAAGGCUUAAUUUGUGUGCUAUUGGCGGUCAUGUCUACCUUUUGAUCAAUUUGAUUUCUUCCAGCACCAUGUUCUGAGAGUCCAGGUGGGAUGGCCACAAAUCUCCUAUUUAGUGGCAAACUCUUGUGUUGCUUCUUAAACAUUUUCAUAUCUGCACACGAUAUAAACAGCAAUAAAAACCCUAAUCUCUUAUGUGCAAACACAUAGCUUUCCCUAAGAGCAAACAGGAAAUAAAUGACAUGUCCGUACUGAGGCAGAGCCCGUUUCUCCCAAUUGGCUUCACAUGCAGAGUGAAGGCACAGAACAGGUGUGGGGAACCUUGUGGCCCUCCACAGGUUCCCAAACUACAACUCCCAUCAGCCAUGCUCGCUAAGGCUGAUGGGAGUUGUAGUUCAGGGACAUCUGGAGGGCCACAGAUUCCCCACAUCUGGCAUAGACCAUAAGAGGAGCCUGCUGGAUCAGUACAAAGGCCCAUCUAGUCCAGCAUCCUGUUCUCGCAGUGGCCAACCAGAUGCCUGCAGGAAAAAUGCAAGCAGGAUACCAGAGCAAGAGCACUUUUGCCUCCUAUGGUUUCCAACUAAGACACAAUUCUUGAUGCUUUGCUGUGGAGCGUGUGUUCCAGUUCAGGUCUGAGUGAGACCACCCCUGCCUCCCUUUCGGCUAAGAACCUGCUGUCUGGGACUGUGCUGGGUGGUUAAGCCCCUUUCCCAAAGACUCGGCUGGCGUCCGGCUGGUAGUCAGCAGCUGUUUCUGAUACGUUGCUUUCAAACUAUUAUGUGUUUGCUUUGAACGGCAUGGAUUGUUCAUUGAGUUGUUUGGCUUUGCCUUACUUAUAUGCUGUUGUAUGUUUCGAUGUGGUUAUAUUGAUUUAAAGGCUAUUUGCUAAUUUUUGAUGCUUUUGUGAUCAGUGUGAGUCGCUUUGAGGUCAGUGUUGUUGUAAAAGCAUCACACGCAGGGUCAGGCCGCACAUUAGCCUCAGUGAGGCAGUUGCCUAAAGCGGCAGGCUGGGCACAGCUAGGAGGGGUACCAGAUCGAGGGCCCUGAGGAGCGUGCCUGCCACUGCUUGCUCCUCUCUGGCCACCUUUUUUCUCUUUCACCACCUUCAGCAUAGGAGCAAAGGAGGAGGAGUUGAAGGGCAAAAGUGCACCAUUUUGUUUUGCCUCGAGUGGCAAAUGUCUUGGGCCGGCCAUGGCCAUAUGCAUAGCAAAUCAGAUUUAGAUAUGCCAAAUCACAAAACCACCCCCUUUGAUCCUCUUUCAUCAUGUCAGAAUGACCCCACCCCAUGGAGUCUUUCCUUCACUGCCUGGGUCUGGAUUAGGCCGUCAUGGCUGACACAGAGAUGUCAGGACCCAAGGCCUACAAAAGAUACCUUACGCAGGCCCUGAGAGAACAUGUUAUCUCUGGUACGUGCUAGUUUGCAUCUUAACAAUGGCAGUUGAAUUGUGUUGACAACAUGCAUUGUAUCAUGCAUGGAGAUCUCUGGAUGGCGGGGGUGGAAUAAUUAUCUUCCAUGCCUUGUGAUAGAUGGUGACAAAAGGUGGUUUUGCUUCUUCGCUCACUUAAGAAGGACCGCUCAGAUCUAUUUUUGGUAUGCAAUAUCUGGCUGAUCUUUUGAGAUUUAAUUUAUAGGAACGUGUAAGUUGCUGUCUCAUACUGAGUCAGGUAAAGGUAAAGGGACCCCUGACUAUUAAGUCCAGUCACGAACGAUUCUUGGGUUGCAGCACUCAUCUCGCUUUACUGGCUGAGGGAGCCAGCGUUUGUCCGCAUACAGCUUCCGGGUCAUGUGGCCAGCAUGACUAAGCCGCUUCUGGCGAACCAGAGCAGCGUACGGAAACGCCGUUUACCUUCCUGCCACAGCGGUACCUAUUUAUCUACUUGCACUUUGAUGUGCUUUCGAGCUGCUAGGUUGUCAGGAGCUGGGACUGAACAAUGGGAGCUUACCCCGUCGCAGAUGUUCGAACCGCCGACCUUCUGAUCGGCAAGCCCUAGGCUCUGUGGUUUAGACCACAGCACCACCCAUGUCAGACCACUAGUCUAUCUAGCUUAGUAUUGUCUACACUGACCGGUAGUGGCUCCUCAAGCUUUUAGAUGAGAAUCUUUCCUAGCACUGCCAUCUUAACCAGUGACCUAUGAUUUCUAUUUGCUCGCCUUACCCGAAUUGCAAACCAGGAUCCAAUUCUGGCCAGGGUCAUGGCAAAACGAAAUGCAAACCCCUGUGACUUCUUGUUAUCUCUCCCCCCUCCCUUUAAAAGCAACUUGAGUGUGUACAUAAGCAGUCCAAUAUGCACUGCCUGGACUGUAAUGAUCAAACCUUUAAAGCCUGGGUGUUCAAUUGCUAACCCCCCCCCCCCGCCAUUCAUUCUUUCUAAGCAUGACAACAGAUAUUCAAUAGUAAGUCUAGCUAGGAAUGUGGUUGUACUUGUUUCUGUGCAAUGAGUUAAAGGAAUUUGAGUUGUUGCAUGUUGCAGAUGCAGGGCUCUUCUGCCCUUCCUCAGGAGGAACAGCUCCAAAUUACCGUAUUUUUCGCUCCAUAGGGCGCACCAGACCAUAGGGCGCACCUAGUUUUUAGGGGGGGGGAAUCAAGAAAAAAAAUCUUACCCCCCCCAGCCCCAAAGAGCAGCAUACAGGCUGCGCGCAACCUCUCCCUUCCGGAGUGGUUGCACGCGGCUAUGGCACAAGCCAAGACAGCACUGUAUUGGCUUCCUCUUUAGCUGUGCACAACCUCUCCAGCCAGGAGAGGCUGCGCGGGGCUAAAGAAGCCAUAGCCCCAUGCAGCCUCUCCCUGCCGGAGGGGUUGCGCACGGCUAUGGCACAAGCCAAGGCAGCCAGCGGGAUGGAUCCCGCUCGCUGUUUUGCCUUCCUCUUUAGCCCCGCGCAGCCUCUCCCUGCCGGAGGGGCUGCGCGCGGCUAUGCCUGAAGCCUGGAGAGCGAGAGGGGUCAUUGCACAGCUAUCACUCUCGCUCUCCAGGCUUCAGUGAAAGCAAAGCGUAGCCUCUGGUGUGUGGAGGGAGCUUUCCCUUUGCGCUUCAGAGGCUUUGCGUUGCUAUCGCUGAAGCCAAGGAGCCUGCAUUCGCUCCAUAGGACGCACACACAUUUCCCCUCAAUUUUUGGAGGGGGAAAAGUGCGUCCUACAGAGCGAAAAAUACGGUAGUUUUAAGGGAAGUAGGAUGGGUAAUGAUUUUCACCAUGUUAAUUUUACCUGCUUCUCUGGAAUGGGCUAGAGCAGAGGUAGGCAACCUAAGGCCCGGGGGCCAGAUGCGGCCCAAUCGCCUUCUCAAUCCGGCCUGCAGACGGUCUGGGAAUCAGCGUGUUUUUACAUGAGUAGAAUUUGCUCUUUUUAUUUAAAAUGCAUCUCUGGGCUAUUUGUGGGGCCUGUCUGCUGUUUCUACAUGAGUAGAAUGUGUUCAUUUUCUUUUCUUCCAAAAUAUAGUCCGGCCCACCACAUGGUCUGAGGGACAGUGGACCGGCCCAUGGCUGAAAAAAGGUUGCUGACCCCUGGGUUAGAGAGACCCUCAUAGUCAGAAGAACCACUUGAUUGCAGAAGAGGACUCCUUCAGGAGUAGGGCCCUCUUCUGUCAAAACUUUUAACAGAAUACAGGUGGGCCUAUGUUAGGGGGAGGGCAGACAGCUGUUGCUUAUGAGCUACGAGAGCUGCUGGAAUAACAUCUUAUUAAUUUAUUUUUAAAAAUUCUAGUUCAUAAAGAAAUAUCAAAAUGGUUCACAACAACUGUGCAUAAAACUGUACAAUUAAAAAAAAACAUAUAAAGAGUUGAAACUAGAAAUCAUGAUAACCAAAGAUGUAUUAUUGAUUGCCUGCAUCAGCCUGGCGAAACAGAAAGGUUUUCAGCAGGUGUUUAAAAAGUUGGCACUGAAGACGCCCGUUGCUUCUCUAUUUGCCCAUCGUUACAGGGCUGAGCCAGUGACAGUAAAGGCUUGGUUUCUUGUUGUCAAAUGAGCCUCGGUAAGGACCAAAGAUGUUCCUGCAGAUGAUCUCAGUGAUUGAGCUGGGAUGUGAGGUUUCAGGAGGUCCCUGCGGUACCCUGGAUGUAAGUUGUUCAGGGCUUUGUAAAUUAAUACAAGGAGCUUGAACCUGGCUGCCACCUAUUACGUUUUGUACCUGAUCUUGGUUGUCCGCUGACCUGAACCUCAGACUGCCCCUUGCUUGAGCCUUUGUUGGGACCUCUGCUUGCGUGGAAUUGAACCUUGAACUGCCUUUGGAUGUUGCUGCUGUCUGUGUCCACAAUAUCUUUCAUUAAGUGAAAGAUCUGCUGCAACCUGGGACACAUCUAGGUCAAGACAGGGCAUUUCUUAUACUCUGCAGACAAACUGUAGCUUGGAAACUUGCCUUAAUGUUAAGUUUGGAUCUCCUGGGUGCAACCCGGCCAUUGUGCCCCCAUCUCCAUGGAAGCAGACAAAUUGCCCUCUGCAAUAUUCAUUUCAGCCCAAGAGUAUAUUAUUUUCUUGCAACAGGAAGCAGCCCUGAGCAACUUCCUUGUAAUGGUUCCUCUUUUCUUAACAUGUGCCUCUCUUAAUUCAGACCAAGCAGUUUGGUAGCUAUGGUUCUUUGGAGAAAAUUAUGUCUAGAUGCCCGUGGGCUCUUGGGUGUUUCCUCUUUCGAUGUGUGCUGAAUGGAAAGUUUGUACUUAAUUUCCUACCUUAUCACUGAAUCAACAUCCAUUUGUAACAGCUGGCACGGCUUCUGCCAAUACGUCACAGUUAACGGAGGGGACAAGAAGAAAAGAAAUAACCUCCUUUCCGCAUUUGCUUAAGCGACCUAAUUGCUCUUUAGAAAAGCAAUGAAUUAGUGUUGCAAUUCACAAGGAGGUGUGGUGCGAGAGAGCAGAUCUCUACAUAGAUCUAGUAGUGGCUUCUGUUUUGAAAGGAAGCACUUUGAAUUGUACACUUCCUCUUGUCACUUGGAUGCAACCUCUCCUGCACUUUCUGCUAAGCAACAUUUGUCUGUGUUUGCAAUUGCAGAAAGGAAGGAAAUGCUGCUAUAUUUUUAAUAUACAAAAUGAACUUUGACAGAAUGCUGGUUACUCCAUAUUCUCUCCCCUCUCCUUGUGUCAAGUAUUAUUUCUUUGGAUAGUUGUAUGCCAACUUUCAGAGCUAUACAAACCCACCCACCCCAGUUCGUAUCAUGAAUUUUGCUUCAGUUCUAGAUUUGUCAGAUGUUAAAAAGGGUCUUGCAGCACUACGUGUGUGUGUUUGUGUGUUUCGAGUGACAUUGUGUUGUCACAUUGGGCCACAUCGGUUCCUUCCUUCCACCAGAGGAAGAAGUCUUCUGUUGGAGGACGGGAACUUUUAGACUAAUACACUGCUUUGUCUGGGGUGCAAGCUUGGGCAGGACGUAUGGAGGUCCUGGGCUGCCCAGACAACAACACCCCCCUCUCUGCCUCACUGAUGUGGUCCAAAGCAGAGCAAUACAUUUGGCACCAGCUUGGCUGCAGAAGUUUCCUGAAGGAGGGGUACAACAAGCCACCCAACUCUCUCAGGGACUCUGGAUUUGUGUAGGGUUUACUCUUUUGCCUUUUCUUCUUCUGAAGAUGUCUUGCAAGGCAGCAGGUAUGGAUUUUUCCUUGAGUUUUACUCCCCAAAUCUUUCUCAUGAAUAUGCAUAGCCGCAAGGCACCCAAGUUUUAGCACCAGAGUUUUCCUUCUCUUAGACGGGAUACCUUCCCAGGUUGAGGAGCCACAUCUGCCGCUCAUUUCCCUGUGCAGCACAUGCAAAAACUACAUAGAAUCAUAGAGUUGGAAGAGACCACAAGGGCCAUCGAGUCCAACCCCCUGCCAAGCAGGAAACACCAUCAGAGCACUCCUGACAUAUGGUUGUCAAGCCUCUGCUUAAAGACCUCCAAAGAAGGAGACUCCACCACACUCCUUGGCAGCAAAUUCCACUGUCGAACAGCUCUUACUGUCAGGAAGUUCUUCCUAAUGUUUAGGUGGAAUCUUCUUUCUUGUAGUUUGGAUCCAUUGCUCCGUGUCUGCUUCUCUGGCUACCUUCUUGUCCAUUGGACCCACUCUUGGUCCACCCCAUUGAAAUUGGUAGACCUCAGUGAAAAAUGUCUACACAUUUAGUGGGUUUUACUCUGAGUAGAAUUAACGCUGGAUACAGCCCCUUGUAAAUAAUUCCCAGUGGACCCAGCAAAAAAAUACCCACAGACCCACAGACACUGAAAUAGGUCUAUUAUCCUUCUCCCCUUCUUCCAACUUCUUCUGUGAUGCUGGCACAGCAACAAAGAGACGUGUGCCAGGUAGCCUGGGGGCAGGAUUGAGCUACUCAUGUGUAGUCAUGGAUGUAUGCCAAGUGCUAUUAUGUUCAGUUUGCCCUUGAAAUGCAACAAUUAAAAACAUUUUUUAAAGUGAAUAUGUGUAUAUAUAUAGAAAAAGGGAGAGAGAGUCCUAGUCCAAUUCUUUGGAUAGUUUCUCAAGCUCCUUAGUAACUAAUUUAUGUUGGCUAUCCUUUGGCAGGUUUAUAUUCAUUAAUCUGUUGAUAAAGCUUACCAUGAGGGCAUGACACUUGAGUAGGAAGCAAGAGGAACCUGAGACUGUGAAGGAGGGAAUGCUGGUUGAAAUAAGAGAAAUUCCCACUAGUUCUGGUUCAAAUCAUACAUAAGAACUUAAGAGGAGCUGGCUGGAUCAGGCCAAUGGCCCAUUUGCAGACUUCAGGAUUUGCUCUCAACAUCUACAGCUAAGCAUUUGCCACAGAACCCCCCUGCUUUACAUGUGUUCCUGGGUAUAUCUUCCACUGGCUAGACAUACACUUGUUUACUCAGAGCACUAGACAAGUUUAUUUAGGCUUCAGUAGGUAAACGGAAACCUUGUCAUAAAACACUCCCAACACUACUCCGCAGCUAGCUGCUCAUUGGAGGAGCAGGCAUUAGCUCUGUGGGUGGAGCACAUGUCUGGGAUGCAGAAGGCCCCAGCUUUAAUCCCUGGCAUCUCUAGGUAGUGAUGGGGAAGACUCUUGGCUCUGAAACCCAGGAGAGCUGCUUCCAAUCAGUGUAGGGAAUAUUAAGCUAGAUCAGAGUUUCCCAGACUUGGGUCGCCAGCUGUUUUUGAACUCCAAUUCCCAUAAUACCUGACCACUGGCCUUGCUAGUUGGGGAUGAUGGGAGUUGUAGUCCAAAAACAGCUGGAGACCCAAGUUUGGGAAAUUCUGAGCUAGAUCAAUAAAUAGCUGCCUUAUACAAGUAUACAAGGCCCAUCUUCCUAUUGUUAGGUGCUCAAAAAUAGCACUUUCUUGCUUUCUCCAUCCUUCCAGUUGCCGUCCUUCAACCUGCUUGUGUUACUUUUGGUUGUUUGUUUCUUUAGAUUGCGUCAUCCAUAAGGGGGCAUAUCUUCGUCUCAGCUGCCUCAGUUCAGAAAACACAAGGAGCUUUAUUUUCAGCUAUUUCCUGGCUUUUCUGAGCAAUUUGCCAUCAAUUUUCCUAAUGGAAGAGUUAAAUUAACUUUUAUCACAUUAUUGCUUAGACCACAGCAGCACAAAGCAAAGUUACAAAAUUUAAACCAGAUGGCAGCAAUUACAAGGAUUUACCUUAAAAAACAGAACAAUACUCGCUAUUUAAAAUUGAUAAUUAGCGAAACGGUUCAUUGGAUUAAAUAAAAUUAAAAGCAUAUAUUAAAGCAUUUUAAAACACAUUCUUGAAAUAACAGGCAUUACUUAUGCAGUGCAAAACAAUAUAAACUUGUAUCAAGGUGCAUUUCUCAGGUUUUCAAAUUUCCAGGGCAAUUUGCAGCAGUAGUACUGUAGCCACAUACUUUCCUCUGCAUAUAGCAGGUUUCCUGCAAAGGUUGCAACUGUUUGUUCCACAUACCGAUUAGUCGCUUUUAGCAAGAAACACAGCUUCCUUUUAGCACCCCAAAAUUUGAUUUCCAGCGAAAGAGUCAUGACUACAACUGGCUGGUUGGCUUGACCGAUAAGGAACUUUGAGCAAUUUUUCCCUUAAUCCCUUACUACCGAAGCACCAAACUCCUUUGUUGCAGUCAGAUAACAAGCAUAUAAAACUUAAUGCUCCUAAUGACAGGGAAGUUAAUAUCAAGGAAGCUUGGCAAUGCCUACUUUCCAAGGAAACCUUAUUCAGCUUCCAAGGGAUCCAGGCGAUUCCAGGAACACCUGUUUGAAAGCCACAUGUCGGUUAGAUUCAUUACAGUUUAAUUUUACGUAGACAACCAGAGGAGUGGGUAAAAAAAUCUUCAUUUUGUCAAAAGCUGUAUUAAAUGGGCAUAUGGAAAGGUGAAAGGUAAAUCAGGGUCCUAUUAUAAACUCCCAACCCCCACCACUUAUUCGGCCGAGUUUUAAUGUGAAAUCUCAUCUUAUGCAUAUUUACCUGGAGGUUAGUUCCAUUAUGUUUAAUGGAAUGUACUCUCAGGUAAUUCUGCACAGGAUUGCAGCAUUAAUAAAAAUGAAUGCAUUUUUGUGCCUGGCUGUUCCCAGUGUACAUAUACGCAUUAUCUAAUUUUGGCAGAAUGUGAGCACCAUCAGUUCUCUGUAAAUGGUUUUGGUGAGUAUGGAAAAAACCAACCUCUGGCUGUAGCAGCUAGUGGGUGUGGGCCUUUGUCAUGAGACUUGUCAACUGUUCUCCAGUCAGAAUGAAAUUGGCUGGGUAAACUGUUGCCACGGAAAUAGAUGCCUGUGGUUAUUGCUGUGUGCAGGAGGGGUUUGUGUGCUUUUUGAAGUCGGAAAGUUGCUUUGAAAGCAUGGGCCCUUUUUAUAUUGCUUCCCCACCCCUAACUCCCUUACAGUACUUGCAAUCAGCAAGGGGCAGAGCAUUAGCAAAUUGGCUUUUCCUGCAAAUGACACUUUGCUGUUACGGAACGCAGCUUCUAUCACAGUGCGUUGGUACCAUUUAUAGCUGCUACAUUUUUCAGCUGCACAACAUUUUGAUUCUGCAAAACACUUUGGAUGCUUAUCAUUUGAGGGGAGGGGAAUUAAAGCAAUCUGGUAAAAGAGAUUGCUGCUGUCCCCAUUUUACAGCUAGGGAAAGAAGGCUAAAGGCGACAGUGCCUUUCCCUAACACAUAGUGGGGCUGUGGCAGGGACUGUCAGGUGUGUUAUCAUUUAUGUUGCAUUUAUACCCCAUCCAAGGAGCUCAGAGUGGUGUACAUGGUUAUGCCCUGCCUUAUUUAAUCCCCUACUCCCUGGAAAAGACCCUGAUGUUGGGAAAGAUGGAGGGCACAAGGAGAAGGGGACGACAGAGGACGAGAUGGUUGGAUAAUGUUCUCGAAGCUACCAGCAUGAGUCUGACCAAACUGCGGGAGGCAGUGGAAGACAGGAGUGCCUGGUGUGCAGUGGUCCAUGGGGUCACGAAGAGUCAGUCAUGACUAAAUGACUAAACAACAACAAAAUUUAAUCCCCACAGCAACCCUGUGAGGUAGAGGUUGGCUGAGAGGCAGUUACUAGUCAGCAAGUGAGCUUCAUGGCUGAGUGGAGAUUUGAACUCUGGAAUCCCAGGUCCUAGUCCAACCACUCUUAACCACUACACUAAACUGGCUCAUUUGACCUGGGGCAACGCAGGCUCAAAUGACCACAGCCAUGACAUUCACUGGGUGAUGUGUCUCUUGGCCUGAACUCGUUGUGAGGGGUGGGGUGGGGGAGAGGAACUAUGUCCAUUGCCCUGAUGGAGUAAGGGUGGAAUAAACAAUGUCAUAAAUAUAAUAUGCUGGAUAGUGGAAUUUAACUUGCAGGGUGAUAGUACUUUCAGGGAGAAAUGUUUCUUGUGAGGGUGGAGUAAUGGGACAGAGGAGCACCCUGUCAGCAAGCAUCAAACUGCUUGCUGUUUCUGUUUUGCUUGAGUUCACAGAAACUUCCACAUCUCUUUCAGCUAUGUCUAAGAAGGGGAGGCUUUCUAAACUUCUGUUCCGUAAAAGGAGUCCUCAGAUCUCUUAUCCGUCAUCCAUAUUAAGGUAGAUCUGCUAUAAAUGCCCCCAGAUGCUAGUGUUUAAAGCAAAUAAGCCAGUGUUUGCUGAACAUUCAGCAAGCAUUGACCUGGUGUCAGCUAACAGAUAUAAUCUUAUAGGAAGAUGGCAAUCUUAAGUCAUUUUAGCACCCGGGGCAGAAUGUGCAAAAGGUUCCUCCUCACAAUAGCAUGCUGGUUAAAGUCAGGAACCUCAGAGGCAGUGUCGGGAGGGUGUUUAUGUGCUGUGGAAGCCUGGCCCCUUUCAGACACCCCCCCCCCCGAGUUAAAGUCCUCUUUCUCAUAGAUGGGCAAGGAAAAGCAUGUAAGCAAUACUCUUUUUUCAGGGGUUGCCAGCUAUUAUUAUUAUUAUUAUUAUUAUUAUUAUUAUUAUAGUUUAUUAAUUUAUAUGCUUCUUAACUGGCUUGACACCAGUUUGUGUAAUUUCCUUACAUUAUAUUUCUCUGUGUUGCAGAUUACUGGGGGGAAAUUACAUCCCUCAGGAUUGGCAGUCCCUAAUGUAGCCCCGUGCAGCUGCCUGACAUGUCACUUGCCUGUGUUGUUAAACAUCUUGAUUCAGAGGCUAAUUUUCAGGGGGCAACUUUUCUCCUUCAUCAUACAAUAAGCUUUUUGGUAUCCCUAUAUGCUUCCUGUAUUCUAGAAUAUGAGAGGUAAUGAAAGGCUACCUCACUUUUGAGGACACUGUUUGCAAAGAAGUAGAAUUUUAAAAUAGGUCACUGGAAACUUAAAAAGGAUAAUUGGGGUUAUUGAUUUAAACAGUUGUUAAGAUCAGUUGCAAGUUAGCUUUGGCUGGAGGGAAAAAAAUCUAUCCAUGGGGCAUAAUGAGGAACCUGGUGAUCAUGAACAAAUUGUGUCUCUUAAGCUUGGAAAGGCACAAAUUAUAUUUGACUCCCACACUGGUCCGAUAGCCUUCAGUGCACCCUGGAGCUAGCUUGCUUAUGAAAAUCGUUGUUAUGAAAGUAAUGUUCUUGCCUGGAACAAAUUGUGAAGUUACUAGGUUGAACAGUUUUCUGUUUGAGGUGCGAAGCUUACGUCCAACCACCUUGGCUGCGUGUAGAUCAAUAGAACCUUGAUAGUUUGGUUUUUGAUGGGGUACUCCCCGGGUCAUUGCAGGCCAACAAUGGCCAGUGAUCACAAGAAUCAUGAGAAGAGCCCUGCUGGAUCAGGCCAAAGGCCCAUCUAGUCUAGCAUCCUGUUCUCACAGUGGCCAAACAGAUGCCUGUGGGAAGCCUACAAGCAGGACAUGAAUGCAACAGUGCUCUAACUUCCUGCAUUUCCCAGCAACGGGUGCUCAGAAGCAUGCUGCUUUGGAGAUAGAAUGGUUCCUGGGCCAUUUGAACCUGGGGCAUGCUGCUGUGAGCCGCACUCUGCCACGACACUGAUGGAUACUGCCUACUCCUGCUUCCUCCAUGCUUGGGUGUCUUGACAGCAAUAAGCUGUAUGAGUCAGACCCUAUCAAAAAGCCAGGAUGAUGGCUGCUUAUGAAAUAUCUAACACAUUUAGUUGUGUGCUCUCUGAUUUUUUGUUUUGUUUUUUGUGUGGAAAUAUAUCUCUAAUUUGUAGUUAGGUUUUGUGAUUAUGAAUUCCUAAAGUUACCGGUUACCAAUAAAGUGGCAGAGAAUGUGAAAUGUUGCAUGGAGAAUCAUCAUCUAGGGUUAAUUUUUCUGUAGUAGUUACACAUCUUUUCCUCCCCCAUCCCACCUGGGAAUGCGGGUGGGGAUCCCCUAUCCAUUAAAACAAAACACAACCUUUUAUGGUGAUAUAAUGCUGAGGUUCAUGCACAAAACAAAUCCAUGGUUUUAAACCAUGGCUUGGUGUUAUUUGUGAAUCCUGACCAUCAGUUUAACUAUGGUUUGUUUACUGCUUACAAACCUUGGUUUUCUUUAGCUAUGGUUUUGCGUUACAUACAAACCCAGCACCCAUCUUCAACCAUGGCUUGCUUAGCCAUCCCACACCAGACAUUCACAGAGCUGAAAAGGUUCGAGGUAACCAGUAGUUGAAAAAUGAACUAGAAAUUUUGGAGAAACAAGCCAUGGUUUGUUUGUUUGUGGGGUAACCCAUGGCUUGUUUAACAAACCAUGGAUUUGCUUUAGAGUGAAGUUGACCAGUAUUUAAUUUCUGAGAUUUUCAGCUGAUUAAACAAAAAGGAUAUUUUAUACAAAUACGUACAUACAUUCUUCACAGUAAAUUUAAUGGCUAGCCAAAAAACUGAAGGAAGAUCAUGUAUUUGUGGACAUCCUUUAAUUUGACUGAUGUGUUUCCUUUUUAUCUCUUCUUAUGAGAAUUUUACCUUUGCCUAUAAACAAGUAGAACUGCUGCUUUGCCAGUCAUGUGAAAACCAACAGUGCAUUUGAAGAAUACAAAAAGGCAUAAAGUGUGAUGACCUGCUGUCUACUCCAUAGACUGCAAAGAUGAGCUGUUACCGGUAGCUUCUGCUUUUCCGAGAACGAUUAAACUUAGCAAAGUACAAUUCCUUUUCUUUGUUUUACUUUCAGUUAAAUUUGGAUUGGCUUUUCUCUGCUACUGUGUCUGCACCAACACUUCAUUUAUUGAUUUUUAGUCCUCAACAUCCCAUAGCAAUCUUUGCAUAUUUCCUGUAUGUGCCCAUUGUGUAAGUGAAAAUCUGUUUCUUCAUUCAGUGCUUCCUUAUUGGAUCAGGAGAGAUUCUGUGUUUUUUGUGGGUUUCAGGGCCUUGCAGUCAAAAGCCAGCUGUGCCUAAAGCAAUCACUGGGCACUUGCAAAGGGAAAAGUUCUUGUCCAAGACCCUGAUGAGGUUCCAUAGUUAAACUGUGGAACUCACUCCCACAAGAGGUAGUGAUGGCCACCAACUUGGAUGAAGGAUAAGGCUGACAGUGGCUUCUAGCCGCAAUAGCUGUGUUCAGCCUCCACUAUCGGAAGCAUUGUGCCUCUGAAUACCAGUUGCUGGGAAUCACAGUGGGGAAAGCAUUGUUGCUUGUGAGCUUCCCAUUGGGGCAUCUGCUUGGCCUCUGUAAGAAUAGAAUGCUGGACUAGAUGGGCUUCUGGCCUGAUGCUGCAGAGCUCAUUUUGUGUCCUUAUGUGCCUUGUGUUUUAAACUGAGUCAAAGUUUUUUUUCUGGUGUUGGAGAUACAGGUUCUGUGUGUGACAAACAGGUGAUUCCGCAAGGGGGCACUCUGCAAGGGUUAUGUAAGAGGGCCACAGAGGGUCAAAUUCAGCGUGAGUUAUGUAGAAGCUGGUUAUGUCGAUCGGGGAAAAUAUUUGGUGUGAUAAAUGGAUUCAAAUGUGGGCUGGAAAUCAAAUUAAAACUUGUGGAGUAUUGUAUUUUGUCUGACAAAUAUACGAGGCAUGUGGGGGCGAAUUGUCUUGAGAAGGCCAGUGGCAUACUGAAAUAUGACAGCUCCCUGUGGUGCAAGAAUAGUUGUAUAUUUAAUUGCAAGAAAAUCGAUUGAUUGGUUUUACUGAGGGUUUUGUCCCUUGGGUUAAGAAAAAGUACAACCCUGAGUCCAAGGUUUGUUCUUUCUUUCUGGUCAUGGCUUAUUAGGGAGAAGCUCAAAGCCACAGCCUUGGUUCAGGUGUUACACUAAGCCAAGCUUCCUGGCAGCCUGCUCCUUCUUUGCUUUAUUUAUUAUUUGUUUACUGCGUUUACAUCUCACGCCUUCUCCAGUAAGCUCAAGGUAGUGCAUGUGCUUCUUCCGUUUUCCAUCUUACCCUCACACAGCUGCCUUGUGAUGCAGCUUAGGCUGAGAGAUGAACAGCCCCAGGUUACCCAGUGGGCUUCAUGGCUGAGUGGGGACUUGAACCCUGGGCUCCCAGGUCCUAGUCCAGUGCUCCCAACCGCUACACCCACCUCACUGGUUCUCAUGGUAAGCUGCUAAUCAUGGUUUACUGUAAUGUGUGAACUCCACCUUUGAGACUUCCCUUGAGAAGCUCAGUUCAAUCCUGCUUGGCCACUGUCUCCCCGUGCACCCAACUGGCCAACUGUGAGGUGGGACCACCCACUUGUCAUUUGCCUGAUGGGAAGAAGAUAAAGAUCUCUCCCACCAGGGCCCAAAAAAGGUUCCCCACCCCUGUUUUCAAGUAUGAAAUCAGUCGGCUUAAUUAUCUGUCCUUGCCUAUUAUAGGACUGCUUAGUUGAGUGCCCAGGUGCACAAGUCAAGAGUGAAGGGGGUCGGAGAAGGCUUUUCCCAGAGACAGAGGCAAAGGAGGCCUCUUACUUUCAUCUUUUCAAUUUAGUGUUGAUAAAUGAGCCUUUGGGUAACUAAAAACAAGGCAUUGUAAGAAGAUCAAGGCUUUUUUUUAUUGCUGAAGGUCAGUAAGGCUUUGCUUUAAUCAAAUGUCAAAACAUUUCACCAAGUCGGGUGACUCCCUCUCUGUACAGGCUGCUUCUUCCUUGCUUCGUUAUAAAUAGCUGUUUUGUGGACUCCUAUAGUCUGAGGUCAAGAAGCUCCGAACAGCAGGAAGUGCUUCUGCCUGCAACAGCUUCAUUUGUCUCAGAGGAGGAAGUAGACACAUGCAUGUGUGGGACUCCUCUCUCCAGACAUGCCAGGAUUAAUGCCGAGACCCCACACACAUCCAGGGUGUAUGGCCGCAUCCACACCAUCCCACUUUGAAAAGCGCUGUGAUACCGCUUUAGGCAGUCAUGGCUUCCCCCAAAGAAGCUGUAGUCUACUAAGGGUGCUGAGAGUUUUUAAGGGACCCUUAUUGCCUUCACAGAUCUACAGUUCUCAGAGUUCCCUGUGAAGGAGGGAUGGAUUGUUAAACCAUUCUGGGAGGGGGAACAGGGCUCCCAUCACACACCAUUGACCAUUCUAGGUAGGGGCGAUGAGAGUUGAAAUCCAGCCACAUCUGAAGGGCACUCCUGGAUGAGAGUUCAUUAUUCAGAGAGGAAGAGGGAGCCAAAACCCCCGCUGUCCAAAUCUUUGUGUUCACAUAGACUAGGUUUCUGGGUCCUGACCAAGAUCUUUUGUUUCCAGUUAAACCUCAAAACAAUUGGUUCAGCCUUUAGGACUUGCCCUGUUGGGUACCAUUGCUAACAUCAGCAGGACUCAUUGUGUACUCCUGUAUAUUUUAAGUAACCAUUUUAUCACUGGCAGAUAACUGGCCUACAUCUGGUUUUGCUUACCCGUUUUCUUCUGGGGCUCUCUUCCUAUUGAAUUGGAGCCAAGGGGUGCCAUGGAGAUGGAUGUUUUGUACCAAAGCAGCUGCAGUUACAAUACCAAGUCCUCAAGUUCUUCCCAAGCCAUGCUUAGCCCUCAUUUUUCACUUGCCUCCUCCCUAUAGUUCACUUACUUCCUAUAGGAAGUCUUUCCUGAUACUGGAUUUCAUAUAUUGACCCACUUUUGAAAGCCAUUGGUUAUUACUAGAGAACCGUAAUUUGUUCAUUGUCCACUGUUCAUGUAAUGCUGCUGUUGCCAUGGAAGUAAUUUUGCUCCCAGUGUUUGCAUCCGUCAGCUUCAGGUUUUAUAUUUUGGGGUUUUUUAAGUCUGGCUAUUCAUGUCUGGUACAGCUGUGUUGGGGGGGAAACCCCACCCAUCCUGGUUUUAGGCUUGUGAGUCAACUGCACAUGUAUGUUAAUUCUGGAGAGAAUUACAAUCAGAGUAGAAUACUGCUAGUGGACUAGGAACUGGGUUCAAUAUUUUAAUGUGCUGUAGGCUACAAUCCUGUGCAUGCUUUCUUGGGAGUAAGACCCAGUGGGACCAGCCUCUCUCUUUUGUGUACAGGGAUGGUUUGUUACAAACUGCGGGGUAACUUUAGGAAAACCUCAGUUCGCUCACUAUGUAAAUGGAAAUAAUACUAGAAAUAUCCUCUCAGAUGUCUCAUUAUUAUUACUAUUAAUUACCCAGCCUUUACCCUAAGGUUCCAGGGUUGAUUACACCAAUUAAAACACAAUGUUAGAAACAGUUUAAAUCAACCUGCAAUCACAUAAAUGAGGUGGGUCCUAAAUAUCUCGUAUGUAUCCCUGUAUUGGGAAGUUUUUAAUGUUUGAUGUUUUAUUAUGUUUUUAAAUGUGUUGGAAGCCACCCAGAGUAGCUGGGGCAGCUCAGCCAGAUGGACGGGGUAUAAAUAAUAAAAUUAUUAUUAUUAUUUCAAAAGCCAGGGUCAAGAAGUGUGUUUUCAGCAUUUGCUGAAAUUUGUAUAAUGAAGGUACCAGACCAGCCUCUGUGAGGAAGGAAUUCCACAACUUUGGGGCCACCAGAGAAUGCUCCUCCCAGGCUGCCAUUAUCUGACUUCUGAGGGUAGAGGAACUAGCAAGAGGGCCCCCUCUACCAGUCUUAGCACCUGAGGACGUCUGUAGGGAAGGAGGUGGUUUUUCAAGUAUUCACAGCCUGAUUCAUUUAGGGCUAUAAACACUAAGAUGGGUACUUUGAAUUGGGGCCUAGAACUAAAUGCUAAUCCCAUAGAAGAGAGUCCGCCCAUCCCCUAAAUUUCUAGUACAGAACUGGAUAGUUAAAGUAUGAAAUUGUGAACGGUUGUGAGGACAUAGUUGGCUGGACAGUAUAGAAAUGUCAGAACAAAAUAAAUGUACUUUCUAGGGCUUCAGCGGUUAUUUAAGUUUAGUUAAAAUGCAUAUUAGUUUUCUCUACCAAAUACUAAUACUUAAAAACAGCACACUAGAAAAACCUGAGAUGGAAAGCCCCUUCUCAGAAGAGGCAUCCUCCCCUCUCUUGAACACAGGAUAAAUGCCUUUUUGUUGAUUAUAUCUGCUAUGACACACCAUCCAAAAUAAUUAUUUCAUUGAUUCGAAACUAUUGUUUCAACACACAAAGAGACAUUGAUGGAUAGACUUAAAACCACAUGAUUCAUCAGCCAAAAUUUCUUUAACCAGGUGACAUCUCUAAUGCAGCCUUGGAACUCACCACAAAGUUUUCCCUCUUCUUCAUUUUGGCUUCAGAGUAAGAAAAGAAGCAUGUUCCACAGCUAGCAUGGGCAUGCAGGCUACAAGCUUCUUAAGUUGGCUAGUGAAAACAUUUGCCUUCAGUCAAGCAAAUUGGUGGAGGACAUUCCUCUUCCACCAAUUUGCUUGUCAUGGUUGAUCCUUCUCCUUGGACAGCAUAGUCACCAAGUGGAGGAGGGAUGGAAUGAUCCAUUUCUUCCUCCACUUACCUACUUGCUUACCUACUUGCCUUGGUCCAACUUUCCUCUGAAUACCAGUUGCUGGAAACCACAGGAGGGGAGAGGGCUCUUGUGCUCGGGUCCUGCUUACGGGUUUCCCAUGGGCACCUGAUUGGCCACUGUGAGAACAGGAUGCUGGACUAGAUGGGCCACUGGCCUGAUCCAGUUGGGCUCUUCUUGUGUCCUUAAUCCCUUGCCUGCAUGGAAUUGCUGGUUGCCUGUGACUACUGGGUGACUUGUUAAAUACAAGGCUGCUCUAAUAUUUCCCAUGAACCUUUUAACAAUGUACUUGGAGCGGGUGGGGGUGGAUAAUGGCAGGAUGAAUGAAAAGGACUACAAUACUGAAUAUUGCAGGAGAAAAACGGUUGAGUAAUAAUCGUUCGCUGACAACAAUGUUACAGUAUUUUGUUACCGUAAGAUGAGCAUCAUGUUUAAAGGGAUCGUUGUUGUGACUCACUCAUCCUGAGAGGAGAAAAGGUGUGUGUAUUUUGACCUUGUUGUUAAAUAAUAUUUACUUUAUUGGGGCUGAGGAACAUGCACUCUUCUUAGACAAAGACGCACCUGCUAUACUUGAUACAUUUUUUAAAAUGCACAAAACCCUAUCUCUCUCUGUCUUUCCUCUGCAGUUUGCCCCACAAAGCAGUAAUCUGAGGGAAUAACUGACAGCAUGUGCAAGAUGUUUGAAUGAACACGGCGAAAUAGAAGCAGCCUCCCAUCCGCAACACAAAUAGCAAUCAAGUCUGGAAGAAGAAGGGGGGGUGGACACCAUGUGUGGAACUGUUGAUGAGUAGCACAUGGCUUGGGAGCGGAGGAGGAGGAGGGUGCUUCUCUUCCAAUUUAUGCUGAGAUCUGGAGGACUUAAUGCUUAUAAGAAGAGAUGCGAGCGCAGAGCGCGAGUCUGCUGAUGUGGCCAAACAAGGCAGACCCAGCAGCUACUUGACCGGAGGUGGCUACUUGGAGCAGCGCAGACCUGCCCUGCCUAUCGCGAGGGGGAGAGGCACCACCGUGGCCCAGCCAGAAUUAAGAUGCCAGCGAAAGGCAAAUACUUCUUCAACGAGAAUGAAGGCUGCAAGAUAACAGACCCUUUGUACGAGAAGUACCGCUACUCAAGCCAACAGCAUCCCCUCCUCUUCUUCCUGCUCUUCAUCGUCAUUGCCUAUUGUGCAACCCUCAUCGUCGUUCUCCUCACCCAGCAUGUGAGUAGAUAUAGAUGCCUCUGUUCUUGCUCUUCGGGCUCUGGAAUGAAGUCCCAAAGUAAUUUGCUCUAGGUUAUAAAAGGGAUCUGUAGCAAGAGGGGCACCAGAUGCUUCAUUUUCCAGUUGUGCUAGUUCAGGUCAGUGUGCAUUCAUUCGUAGCAGCCAAAAACACCUAGAAAAACAGAGAUCAGUACACAGGAGGAGAGGGAGGAUUUGCUAAGGUGCUGCACAUUUCUAAGGAGCUUUAGGGUUCAAUACUGGGCUUAAAUCUAAUUGUUACCAGAAUACAAUACUAUCACUGGGGAUUGCUUGUGAAUACCAAGUUGUGAAUACUUGAAGUAUUUAUACAAUGUGAGGUUUUGUUGCUGUAGUAGGAGUUAUACUUUUAUCCUGGCAGUGGGGUAUAGGUUCUGAGCUGCACUAACAGAUCCAGUGGGAUUUCCAGUUUAAAAGUUGCAAAGCAGAAAUGGAAGGAUCUCCCAGUUUCUCAUUUUUUCAAUAUUCAAUUCAGUUCUCCACAUUUUGAAGCAAUUUGCAAUUUUUCAAUUAAAAAAAAAUCCAUAUGAAAAUUCAACAGCAUUUAAAUGUGUACUAUUCCCUAAUAGACACAUUUUUAUAUGCAAUUUUGACUAAAGUGCACAUUUUUGAAAGCAAUUUUCUAUAAAAUAGUGCAGUUUUGUACGUUAUUUGCACUGAUACCUUCAUUUUCUCAUGCUUUCCUAUUAUAUAUGCAUAUAUUUGUAAACACUAGUUGGCUGGAUAACUGCAUCACAGAAUUUGGAUAAGUAUGGAUUUUGGAGAAUAAGUAUGUUUUGGUUUGCAUAUUGUUUUGGAAAGUUCAAAUUUCAUAGUCUCGAACUGAAACAAAUUCCUUCCCUUGUGACCAGGAAUGAUGGGAAUUGUAGUCCCAACAACAUACAGAGAGGGUUCUCUGCUUCUAGGGCAGAUGAUCAGAUAUACCAGGUCAGGCAAAGGGAGCUUCUUGUGUUGCUAGUGUGCUUUAGUUUAUGAAGUUAUGAUGCCUUUAAAAGUUUAGGUUGUUGGGAGAUUGUGAUAUGGAAGAAUGAGAACAUGCAUACAUUGUGCUAUGGAAGAAUGAGAACAUGCAUCUGUGGUAUGUGUUUUGGUGACUUUUGUUUUAUUUUUUAGCCAGCGGGAGAUCAUCUUGCCUACCUUAUUACAGUCGGCACAGCACUCAUAAUUUUCAUAGUCAUGUAUGUUCUGGUUUACUUCGAAUACUUCUUUUGGUGUCGGCUGAAAUUGUUUGCUGUUGUGAUUUGGAUCUGCCUGCUGGCCAUAGGAUAUGUCUCCAUUUUUGCCGCAGGGAAGACUCCUCAACUUGCUGCAUGGGAACAGGUAUUUUAAUUUUUAUCUAUUGAUCUGUCAUCUUCUUCCUCCAAGCUGCUCAUGGCAUUGAAUAGGGUUCCUUAUCAGGCUUCCUCCAAAAUCUUGGGCUGCAUGCACCCCAUAUCUUUAAAGCACAUUCCCCCCAAAGAGUCCUGGAAACUGUAGUUCGUUAAGGGUGUUGAGAAAUGUAACUCUGUGAAGGGGGUACAUUACAGUUUCCAGGAUUCUGCUUGGGGUGGGGACAGUAUUUUGAAUGUGCUUUUUAAAGAUAGGGUAUGUCUUCAUCUUACCUCUCCCAUGAGCCAUUGAUGAAAGGUCACCCAGUGAGCCUCAUGGGUGAGCAGGGAUUGCACCCUGGGUUUCUCUAGCCCAAGUCCAAAUAUUCUGCCCACUGGCUCUGGGAAGGGAUGUGUUUCUGCUGUGUUUAUAUACACUCAUUUAAAAACGCAUGUUUUAAAAGAAAACACAACUGCCUUCAAAUCUGGGGCUGUCUGAAUAUCCCCAGACACUGCUCAUUAUGCAAAUGGGCAUGGCUAAUCACCUGCAGUGGGGGGGGGUCAUUUAAUUAUGACAUCAAUUUGCAAAAUUAAUGCUGCUUUGAUUAUGAGCAAUUAAGGGCACCAUUGAGAGUUACAGAUGUGGGUGUGCCUUGGAGAAAUGUUUCAUCAAACUAGAGAUAGAAAGGGAGGGAAAAGAGCAGGCAGGAAGAUUUGAUUGGUUGACUGCAAUGGGCAUAUACAAAACAUUCCUGUAUAUGCCUGGGUGUGGUAAAAGGAGACAUCUCUCUGGAUUUUUGGAGAGCAGAUGGGAGGGUGAGGUAAGAGGGGAGGCAAGCCCCCAUCCCCCCUGUGCAGUGAGAUACUUUGGCCUAUAAUACACUGCCCAUUAGAUCAGAAGAAUAACUGGAUGGAAUGCAACCCUAUCCAGAAUGCUAACUCCUCAGACAGAUGAAGUACCCUUCAUCUGUACCUCUGUCUUGCUGGGGCUAUGUCCCAGUUUAUUGAUUGUUGUCCUGUACGCGGGUGGCGCUGUGGUCUAAACCACUGAGCCUAGGGCUUGCUGAUCAGAAGGUCAGCGGUUCGAAUCCCCGCGACGGGAUGAGCUCCCGUUGCUCGGUCCCUGCUCCUGCCAACCUAGCAGUUUGAAAGCACAUCAAAGUGCAAGUAGAUAAAUAGGUACCGCUCCGGCGGGAAGGUAAACGGCAUUUCUGUGCGCUGCUCUGGUUCGCCAGAAGUGGCUUAGUCAUGCUGGCCGCAUGACCCGGAUGCUGUACGCUGGCUCCCUCGGCCAAUAAAGCGAGAUGAGCGCCGCAACCCCAGAGUCGGUCACGACUGGACCCUAAUGGUCAGGGGUCCCUUUACCUUUUUUACCUGCCCUUUACCUAUGUUUCUGAUUAACACAGUGGUUUCCCUAACCCAUUUAUAGAAGUGGAAGUUGUGCUGUUCUUACCCAGUUCCCUGAAAGCGUUUUUGAGUACUGGUUCCUUCACAGCUUCCAUUGUUCUCUUGAAACCUAUCAUUUGUUCCGUAAUUUUUGACAGGUGCUUGGAAAACAUCAAGGAUCUCGUUUCUUUUUAACAGGUGCCAUUCUUUCUGUUCAUCAUCUUUACGGCUUAUACCAUGUUUCCCUUGGGAAUGAGAGAUGCUGUGAUUGUCAGCAGCGUUUCAGCGCUCUCCCAUAUUGUAGUCCUGAGCAUCGCUGUAGCGCAAAACAAGCAGGACCACCCAACUCUUCCACGUCAGGUAAGGCAAAGGUUUGUAUAUGUGAUUGCAACGUGUGCAUUUUGAUGCCGUGGACAUCCAGUGGAGCUCAACACUGGAAGAUUCAAGACAGGGAAACUAAAGUAUACUUAUCCAUGCAGCGCAUAGUUAAACUAUGGAACUCAGUCCCGCAGGCGGCAGUGAUGGCCACCAACCCUGAUGACUUUAAAAGAGGAUUGGAGAAAUUCAUGGAGAGGACUCUUGAUUCCUGUAAUGUCUACUAGCCAUGAUGGCUAUGCUUUGCCUCCACAGUUGGGAGGCAGCAAUACUGCUGAAUGUCAAUUGCUGGAAGCCACAGGAGAGGAGAGUGCUGUGCUGCUGUUUUCCUGCUUGUGCAUUUCCCACUGGCAUCUAGUGGUGCAGCGUGAGAACAGGAUGCUGGAUUAGAUGUUAACAAAUGCUACAACUGGCUGAAAAGUCAUUGUGGUCCAUUACCUGUGUGGUGGAAUGAUUAGAAUGCUAGACUAGGACCUGGGAGACCAGGGUUCAGAUUCCCAAUCAGCCUUGAAGCUCACUGGGUGAGCUUGGGCCAGUCGCUCCCUCUCAACCUAACCUACCUCAGAGUGUUUCUCUGAGGAUUAAAUGAGAAGGGAGAGAGAAACAUUGAGCUCCUUGAAGGAUGUAAACAAAUAGGAUAAAUACAAUUGCUGAGGCUCUCAGCAAUUUUCAGGUGGUCUGUAGGGGUUAAAACUUUGAUUCAGCUAAACGUAUAGACAAAACACAAAAUUUCAGAAGCUAGAAGAAUAUUUUAUCAAUGCACAUGUGUGUCAUAGCCCAUAUAAUCUUAGAAGAGGUUUCAUAAGGACUUCCCCAGUUUUUUUUAAGUUGAUCAAAAUGUUUUAGUCAGUUUAGUUAAGCAGUUAAAAUACAACUUUAUAUUCACAUUUGGUCUUGUAUGUUAGAAGAAUAAGUGGUAGUUAGAAAUAGCUGUGUUGUGCUUUUCUGUUGUCUUGGGAUAUAGUGUGUUGUUUUCUGGAUGUAUAUUUAUUCUUUGUUGUUCUUCCAUGUGGAUAUUGGCUGUUUCCCAUUUGUUGGCUUCAUAAAGCUGGUGGCAUUCUUUCCAGGAGCCAGAAAGAAUCUUGGACAAAUUUAUCAAGCAGUAAAACCAAUAUCAGUCUAGGAAGUCAGGCUGUAAAACUCUUUUUCCCCCCUUCUGGUGUGUGUGUGUGUGUGUGUGUGUGUGUGUGUGUGUCUGUCAGAGUUACAGAAUUUGGACACAGAGUACAGAAAGUUUGAUCAUGCACCUGCUGAAUUGAAUCGCACCCACUGAAUUUUUUUUACCUGAAGUGACAGUAAAAUUGUUUUGGGAAGCAGAUUGUGAAAAGUACACAAGUCCUGCAUUUGUAUCUCAUUUUUUUAAUUAUUAUUUUUCAGUUAAAGCAAAAUGUUUCCUGCUGGGCAAUCCAGAAUCCUCUUCACAAUGUUAUAAUUCAUGAUAAAUACCGAGAGGGAAUGUUUGGCUUUUCAUGAAGAGGGUUGGGUGUGUUCCUAAAUUACUUGGAAAAGGGAAAGAGAAAUUCUCAUGGCUUUGUAACACUGGUCUGUGCGCCAGUUGCACCCUGCCAGUGAAUUUUCACAAUUGCUUGGCAAGCACCAGGGGUCUAGUCAUGAAGCUUUUGAAAUCUGAUAAACAGCUCAGUGUAAAGGGGCAAAGCCGCUCUGAUUCAGGAUCCACAUAGUUGAGGUGUGUGCGUCAUGUCUCGAAGGGUGAGGUAACCCAUUUCCUUCCCCAAAUGAUUGCUACUUAGUGAAAUGAUGCAAGCCCUUCUUUUUAACACUUUGCUCUCCUUUCUUCUCUUUAACAAAUCUCUUAACAAAUUUUUUUUGGGAACAAUUUUCCUUUGAAUUUUGAUUACUUACACAUUUUGAGGCAUCUCCUUUAUAUUAAAUGCUCAUUUGACACCCUGAAUCACACUUGAUUGACAUCAGUCUUUCCAAGAAAUGGGUUCUAACAACAAUUUCCUCCUCAUUUCAAGAUAUUUGGUCCUCAGGGAGCCAAUCAGCAGGGUGUGUGUGUGUGUGUGUGUGUGUGUGUGUGUGAAUUCCAGGAAGAUACAUUGGGGGCUGAUAUCUGGAGAAUGUUGGGGCUAAGUUGCACAUUAUGUAAGAGUUCUAAGAUGGGAUCUCCUGCCGUAUUCUGUUUUCCUUUCCUUAUUUAAUUUUCGCUUCAGUGCAUGUGUACAGUGUUUGCCCUCCAGAUUUGGCCAGGCGUGUGAGGAGGAGGCUGAGGGUGUGUAUAGUUCAUUUAAGCAUCCUGUCUUGAUCUGAAACUUGUAACAGAUCCAAACCAUACAUUUAAAGCAGAUGGCUUCCUCCAGAGAAUUGUGGAAACUGGAGUUUGCUAAGGUUGCUGGAAAUUGUAGCUCUGGGCGGGGGAGGGGGGUAUACUACAGUUCCCAUGAUUAUUGGAGGGAAGCUGUGUGCUUUAAAUGUAUAAUGUGGACCAAAAGUUGUUAAUUAAGAUGCCAUGAGAAGCUAUGGUACAUUGAAUUCUUCUGCAUUGUAUUCAGGCACAUCAUGUAGGGCAGGUAUGGGGAACAUUUGGCCCUUGAGGUGUUGCUGAACUAUAGCUUCCACCACCCCUGGUCAUCAGCCAUGUCUACUAGCACUGAUGGAGCAUUUUAGUUCAGCAUAGUCUGGAGGGCCAAAGGUUCCCCACUCCUCACAUAGAGAGAAAGUGCUUGCAUGAGUGACCAAAAAGCUCAUUCAUACCUCUUCUUGCUUGCUUGGCUUAACUGGGCCAGUGCAUGGUUAUUUAUAAGCCUGGGGUGUUUUUUUUGUGUGUGUGUUGAAUGCCUGCAUAUAUUCCACUAGAGAGUGGAAUGUGGUAGGAAGAACUGGUUACUGUUAUAUGUAUUCAUACAGAGUUCAUAUGUGAGAAAUUCACAUAUUGCUUAAUGUGGCCUGGAUCGGCAACUGUGGACUAGUUCAGCUUUGAAUGCUUUCUAUAAGCUUUCUUUAAGUUCCCUGGUCAUAGUUUUGGCUGGAUUUCAAACCUGGAGAAUGAUGUGAUUUUUCUUCUAAAACCAAAUACAUCACCGAACCACUAAAUGCAUGUACUCAUUUGUUUAAAAGUUUUCUCCAGCCCAUUCAUUGUAUAGUCAUUCCAGGAUUUAGAGGAAACAUAACAUCAAAUAAAAUAAAACAUUUUCCUUUAUAGUUGUUAGUAACCACAAAUUGACUCAGUCUUAAGUCUACCAACAUCACCCCUGCAGAGUUAAAGGGGCAGAAAGCACUUAGAAUAAGCCGACAUCUGAAUGGCUGUAAGAAUUGUUUAACUGUUAAAAUGUUGUGGUUACAAAGUGGAAUGGGAUUUUUGCUUGACUACACCAAUAUAUUGAUCCUUCUUGUUUUGUUCUCAGACUUGCCUCUUUGAUUUGCUAACAACAGGCCAGAACCAGUCAUGCUGGUUUUCCGGGGGGGGGGGGGGGAGGAAAACAUUCCUUUGAAAAUUUGGGUAAUUUGCACAGAGCAAUUCACAACAUAGGGUGAAUUCAACAUGUUUAUUUUAGUAAGCAAAGUAACAAAAUUUUGAAAUUGACAAGCUUACCAAAUUUUGUAUUUGCCAUUGACAUCCAUUCAUUGUUACUGUUGAUCUUAAGCAAUGGAACGCUUUCCAUGGUAAAAAGAAAGCACUGGGGGAAAAUUCCACCCCACACCAAUGGCCAGAUCUUGCAUAGUCUUAUGCUCAGGAUUGGUUCAGAAAUCAUUACAAGCCAUAGUUAAGGACAUUAAACUAUGGAUUACAGUGAUGUCAGAAUUGCCAAACCAUGCUCUUCAGUUGGCUAACAAGAAUUGGAAUCCAUGGCUGACUAACCAACAAAGUUUUGGCAUGAUGUGUGGAUUGACAAACCAUGGUUGUGACCACCACUCUGCCUUCAGAGGCUACAGAAGGCACAGUGAACUUGUGAAGAGUAAACAAGUGAAGUAGAGUGCUGAGAGAGAGACAAAACCAAGCAAGCAGUUUUAAAUGUAUUUAUCCACUGAAGAUUUCUCACCGGACAUUCAUCACAAGUGAUCCCAGCGACAACAGGGUACAAUCAAUAUAAUCACAGUAAAACAAAGGGCAGGUAAAGCAAGCCAAUUGAUCAACACUGCCAAACUACAACUUAGCACUCAGUCUAGAUGCUAAUAUCCUGUAAAUGCCUAUGUAAACAACCAUGUUUUCAGCUCCUGUUGAAAAGCAAAAAGAGAUGGCACCAGCUGUAACUACAUAAAUUGGGGGCAGGGGCCGCACCGCAGAUGAGCUUCCAAAAGCGUAAUUUCCAAAGGUUUAAGAAAAAAAAAAUCCACAGGGGAAGCUAUACAGUGGUACCUCAGGUUAAGUACUUAAUUCGUUCUGGAGGUCCGUUCUUAACCUGAAACUGUUCUUAACCUGAAGCACCACUUUAGCUAAUGGGGCCUCCCGCUGCUGCCACACCGCCGGAGCACGAUUUCUGUUCUCAUCCUGAAGCAAAGUUCUUAACCUGAAGCACUAUUUCUGGAUUAGCGGAGUCUGUAACCUGAAGAGUAUGUAACCUGAAGCGUAUGUAAUCUGAGGUACCACUGUACAUUGCUAAUCAUCAUGAUGGCUAUAUGCCUCCUUCAGUAUCAGAGGCAGCAUGUAUCUGAACCUCAUUUGCUGGGGAACACCAGUGGGAGAGAGUUAUUCCCCUCAUUGCCUGGUACUUGGCUUCUCAAAGGCACCUGACUUGUUGCUGUCAAAAGCAGGAUGCUGGACUAAAUUAGCCUUUGGCUUGAUCCAGAAGGGUUAUUUUUAAACCAUGUUUUGAACUUCGCAGCACUAUUCGUGCAAACCAUGGUUGGACAUGAUGUUUGAACUGAGUCAAAGUGACAGUGAUGGAAAUGCCUGGGUUUUUAAAAAUGCCUUUAGGGGAUUUAAAAUUAGCCCCAUCGUAGUUCUGUAAACUGGAGUGGAAGAGAAGAAUUAAAACCUGUAGCAUGUUGUCCCUACGAAACUGUAAAUCACAAAUGAUGAAUGUUAUUUGACAACUUAAUCUAUUAUCUAGAUUAAUAACAAUUGGCACAUGUUGCUAAUUCCUGCCUGCUUGAGUGCUACAAGUCAACUCCCUGUUGCCAACUCUUUGACUGAAGGCAGGAACUGUCCGUUUCACAGCCCCUCCAGUCAACCUACGUGAAUUAGGCAACGUGUACCACCAGCAAAGAAGGCAGGUUCAAACCAGAAAUCUUAGGAUGACUUGUGAAAGAGAGCCAAGACUCAUGCUCACACACACACACACACACACACACACACACACACACUUAGAACAACAACAAAACCAACCCUCCACUUGAGUUGCUAGCCAGUUUGACUUGCCUGGAGGAAAAUUCAUUCCUGGUCUCAUAAUUAGUUACUGGGUGCUAGCAAAACCCAUAAAUGAGAAAUCCUAUGUGUAACUCCGUCAUCCUCCCCCCUAGCUAUUCUAGGAGAUAUUCUGAAGCCUUCGCAUUCAAAAUUCUGUAGCUACCAUUGCUGAGCAACCUGCUGUCUGGAUAUGCAGAAUGGGCCCAGCUAUUAGUAGCCUGCCCUCCUCCUUUAUGCCAAGGACGCUUUUACAGUUUAUGGUUUCUUCUGGGUUGCAAAAAGAGAAAAAGUUGUUCAAAAGAUGGAACAAGGAGGCAAUGGUGGCCACCAGCUUGGAUGACUUUGAAAGAGGAUUAGACAAAUUGGAGGAUAAGGCUAUUGGUGGCUACUGGCCACAAUGGCUCUGCUCUGCUCAUGUAGUUGGAGGCAGCAAUGCUACCAGCUGCUGGAAACUGCAGGAGGAGAGAGGGCUGUUGUGUUCUGCUUCUGCUUGUGGAUUUCCUACAGGCAUCUGGUUGGCCACUGCAAGAACAAGAUGCUGGACCAGAUGGGCCAUUGGCCAGAUCCAGCAGGCUCUUCUUAGGUUAUUAAACCUUCCUUUGUAACAUUUGCUAUGUCUUUUUGUUUCUUUGUUGGUUAAUUUCCCCCUAUGCUAACAGCAUAAAAAGGGGGUGGGGAGAGAACCUGCCCAAGUUAUUAAAAUAUGUAAUUUCCUUUUUGUCUCAGUUGCAGUGUAUAUAUUGGAGCUUCAUCAGAAUACUGUAGUAGAUGAUUUAAUUUCCUUAGGCUUGGAUGUUGCUUCAGUUUGCUAAUAUUGGCUAUUAAAUCACGGUCCUUCUCAAAGCAAUGUUCUUGCUGCCUGACUGUUCACCAUCACAAGUGCUUGCCUAUAUACACUCAUUAAUUUUCUCCCCAAUUACCUUUCAACUGAACAAUUUCUCCCCAAUUACCUUUCUCUUUCACAAUUUCUAAAUGAGUGUUGCGUUCGUACCUGAGUUCGAGAGGAAGUGCACCUUUUCUACAAAGGGCUUGUUAAAAGGAAAUAAACUUUGCCUAUUAUAGCCAGUCAAGGAAGAGAGUAGAAGUUUUUUUGUUUCAGGUUCAAAUGGGGUGAAAAAAUUGCAUCACCCUACAGAUAUUGAAAGAUUAAGGUUUGGCACAUGGAGCAGAUAGUUCUGAUUGCAAUAUAUCAAAGAAGUAAGACAGAAAAACACUAAAAUGCAAAAUUGUGGCGAGACAGUCCUGAUAUUUUUUUGCAAGCCUACUUCUUGGAAUAUUAUAUGUCACUAUCCACACUCAAAACUUUUCAGGAUCUCUGUUUGAUGGGUAGCAGCAUUAUUGAGUCCGUUGAUCUUCCCUGAUUCCUUCAUAUUCCAAGAUCAACGCCUCUCGUGUGUGUGUGUGUGUGUGUGUGUGUGUGUGUGUUUGUAGCGGGGGAGGCUUAUCUAGGAAGCAACUCAUGAAGUUUCUUUAUAUCAGGUCAGACUGUUUGUCUACCUAGCCAGUAUUGUCUACUCUGCUUGGCAGCAGCUCUCCAGGGUCUUAGGCAAAGGGUCUUUUUUCUCCAUCACAUGCUAACUCUUCUUCCUCUCAGCACUGCUCCUUGGACCUGUGAAAACCGGAGGCUUCAAAGAGCAGCACAGGAAUGUUUGCAGAAGGGUUUUCAAACAGCUCAUGUUACAUUUUGAAGUCCCGGCAGUGGGACUUCAAAGUGCAGCAUCACCUGAUUCCACAGUGAUAUCAGAUGAGGGACGGUUCCACCCACCUGUUAGAUUUGGCCCAGCUGGGGUGGGGACGUAAGGAUCUGCCUUGCUAGCAAGAGAAGGGUCCCCACCCCUGAUUUUGAAGGAUCACUUGCACUUCUUUUAUGAACUAGCUUUUCAUAUGGUACCAGAUUAUCUGAAUAACGGCCUGUACCAGUAUUAGCCUGCUCGAACAUUGAGAUCAGCAUUUGAGGCCAUGUUCUCUGGUCCACUGAAGCAAACCAUGACUUGUAAACAGAGAUCAAACCUUGACUUUACAUCAUACUUUGUUUGGAGCAAAACAAAUCAUGAUUCCUGGUUAGGACAUACCACUAAGCCAGGAACCAUGGUUUGUUGCUCCCCCUUGUGCUAUGGAAGGAGUGAAGCUAGAGCCCUUAAGGAUAUUCACAGUUCACUAUUAGCACCAUGUAGCACCACGUAGAUACAUCUAAGUAAAACAAAAUAACCCCAUGAUAUCUAGCUAACUUUGGGGGAAACAUUAGCUGGUGCAGGAAUAUGGAAACUUACAUAUAAUGUGCAGUUGUAUUGACUGGGUAAUGAAACUUGGGCCAGGAGUCUCUUGUCAAGUGCUGGGCAAGAGAACAGAAAACAAGCUGAUUUAGCCUUAAUAAAGUUCACAGAUUAUUUCGCUUAUAAAAUGUUGAGUUUGUGAUGUUGGGGCAUUUAUUUAUUUCCUCAGGUGCUUGCCAAUGCUUUCAUUUUUCUCUGUGGUAACCUGAUGGGUGCAUUCCACAAGCAUCAGAUGCAGGAUGCCUCGUGGGAUCUGUACAGAUAUACUUUAAAGUGCAUCCAAGUCCAAAUGAAGCUGAAGAUUGAAAAGAGGCAGCAAGUGAGUGAAUCAGUGCUUUAAACAUGUACACACUUUCUAGCUCUUUUAACGUCAUCAUUCAGCCAUACCAGGAGAUCAUCGCUUUGUCAGCAAGUUCUGUAAUGGGUCGUACUUAGAAGUAUUCGGUUGUUCACACUCACCAAAGGACACCCAUACAUGUGCAAAAGGAGUUGGCAAAACGGCUGAAGUAAAACCACCGUAAUUGAACUCAUUCCAAAACUUCCAUUGUAAGAGAACAUUGGACCAUGUUUUUGGCUGAAUUAAUGAACACCUUUCCGGCACAGCAAUUUAUUAUUUCCAUUUCUAUGACCCUCACCACCACUAACGCUGACGUUUUUAGUUUUUUUUAAAAAAAUAUUAGUGUUACUUUGCAUUUCUCAGAACUUUAUGAGGUAGGCGAUGUUUUUGUGGCUUCUGACUGCAGACCUUGCCUCUUUGUCAUUCUGAUUCCUCCUUUAUUUUAAUGGAAUUGUAAGGUGGACGUAUUGUAAGGAGCCCCUUAAGUGGGCAUAACAUUUAUAAACGACUUGAUUCUUAAAAAGCAACAAUCCUGUAAGCAGUUUACAAAAAUAAUAAUAAUAAAACAAUGAAAUUAUCAGUAAAAGCAACUAUUUAAAACAUUUUUUAAAAAAAAAUAAAUAAAAAAUAAGCUAAAACCAGAUUAAAACUCAUGUCACCAUUCUGCACGUGACUUUAAGAAAAAGUGUUUUUAGCAGGCGCUGAAAAGAGUACAGUGCCUGAUGUCAAUAGGCAAGGAGUUCCAAAGUGUGGGUGCAGCCACACUAAGAUAGCAUUUUCUUACAAGUACUUGUAACACUGCUAGCUGCACAGAUUGAAGUGCUUUAGAGGAUGCAUAUGAGACAAGGCGCUCUUGCAGGUAUUUACUCUUAAAGGGUGUAGCAUAAGUGCUAAUAAAGCAAAAUGAAUAAGACCUGCUCUUCCCUCUUAGGAAAGCUUGCUUUUAUCGAUACUGCCGGCUCAUAUCUCUAUGGGAAUGAAACUAGCCAUCAUAGAACGCCUGAAGGAAACCAAUGACAGGAAGAAGCACGACAAUAACUUCCACAGCCUGUAUGUGAAACGGCACCAGAAUGUUAGGUGAGCUGUGUAACUCGUUCUGGUUCUGUUAAUAGUUCUUUCUGUUGCCCCAGUAUACUAGAGACGCAAUCCAGUUCUUGCCAUUUAUUUGUUUUGCAACAAAUUCUGUGCCACCGGCAUUAAGCAAAACAUGGCAAAGAACAGGAUAAAAUUGAUAAAAUUUUAUGCAUAAAACAAAUGGAAAAUAUAAUGCCAAAGUUAUAUUUGGGCCAAAGUUGUAGAGUUCUUUUUUUUGGGGGGGGGGGGUUGUUGAGCUUUUUUUUUUACAAUAUAUAUAUAUAUAUAUAUAUAUAAAGAAGUUUUAAACCUAUUUUUAAGGAAAAUUGCAAAAAACAACAACAAACCAACCAACCAACCACCACUUCCGAUAUGGGCUGCCAUAUACCCAGGUUUUCCCAGACAUUUUUGCCGCUUUCCAAAAAAUCUGUCCAGAUGCUAUUUUUGACAGAUGAAUCCCGGCUGUGUCCGGGAUAUUCCAGACAUAUGGCAGCCCUAUAUUGGAUCAACACACUUGGAUCACCCCUCAAGGGAAAGCCUGGGUGCACAGGUGAGCUUCAGUACUGUAGGUGCCUGCCUGAUGUCUAUUAGAGGAACAUUCCAGUGGGCAGAUGCUGCCACACUAAAAGCCCUAGUCUUAGUGGAAUAUGUGAAACUUCAGAGCAUAUAUCACUCUUAAGGGCUGUAUAUCCCAAUGAUCAAAAUGAUGGACAGUUGAUCUUGCAGGGGGAAAGAAAGAGCAAGUGAGUUUUGCAUGUGAAUCAAUUGCUGUCAGAAACCAGGGGAGCUAUUUCAGUGAGGAGUAAAGUAGAUGAUUAAAGGGUUGUAGUCAAUGUUGGUUUUGCCUAAGUUGGUCAUCCAUUAAUUUCAGUGGGCCUACUCUUGAGUGGAACUAACAUUGAAUGUAACCCAUAAUUUGGUGCAUAUGUGUGCAGUUCUUAGCUAAUGUCCACAAAGUUUAAAUAUCUACAUCGCUGAUGUAGAAAAUGAAAAACAAUUUAAUUGAUUUUGGCUUCCUUGCAUAGCAUCUUGUAUGCAGACAUUGUAGGAUUCACUCGUCUGGCAAGUGACUGCUCUCCCAAAGAGCUCGUGGUGAUGUUGAAUGAACUCUUUGGCAAAUUUGAUCAAAUAGCAAAGGUAAGCAACUUUUUGUUAGAUAGAGAAGCCUCUUGUCAUUUUAAAUAUUAUUAUGUUUUGAACACCAUAUUUACUUGAAUCUUAGUGUGCCAUCGAAUCUAAUGCGUACCUCAGUUUUCAAAACCUUGAAACCAAAAAAAGUAUUUGCUGGCGAAUGUAAAUGUGCCAUCAAAUCUAUUGUGCACCUUAAUUUUUGCAACAUAAUUUGGCCAAAAAAGGUGAGCAAUAGAUUUGAGUAAAUACAGUAAUUAUAGAUAAAUCCUUCCAACUAUUAUUACACUGAGACUAAUAAGGUGUAGUAACGGUCACUGGCAGAGGAAGAGGAGUGCGGGGGGAGCACACCACCCCCGGCAGCGCGAUCUCCAGGGUGCCAUCGUGGCUGCCCCCCGCCCACGCUGAGCGCCCUGCCCCAACAGGCUGCGUGCCCCGCCCACGCCUGCUCUCCGCCCCCCAGUGCCAGAGCGUGAAGCUCUGCCACUGGUAACGGUGCGAUGGUCUGGUUCACAUGUAAGCUAAACUGUGGUUGGGUUUGGGCAAACCAUUGGCUGUAUUUGGAUGUCACACUGAACUAUGGUUUAGCACCAUGGGAACAAGCUACAGGGAGCCUUGAGCUUGCAUGCUCCUCCUCCUCCUUCCUCUCCUCCUGUAUGGCCAAGAGGACUUUAGAAGAUUCUCCUUCAAGUUAACAGCAGCUUCCUGCAUUAUCCAAACCAGGAACUUUAGCUAACCAUUGCUAAUGUUAUUUUCAACUAGCCAGCUUCAAAAGUUGAAGUUGACAUGUAUGAAAAUAACCUCCGUUAAUGUUAAGCAUUAACCCCAGUUUGUUAGUCUGGAUAAUGUACAAGCUAUAGUUAAAAGUGAAACCGAAAGUUCCCAAACCCAACUUUCCUUGCUGCAUAGGCAGAGGAAGGGGGCAUACAAGCUCACGCCUGUGUGUGCUGAAUCAUGGUUUAACAGAAUGUGUAAGCACAGCCAUUAUUUGCUAUUUGCACCCAGAUUCACAAACUAUGGUUUUCUCCAAAUCUGACUGGUAAACAGAUUUCAUGCGUUGGUUCCAGUUCUGGUUUGGAGGACAAAGGCAGAACUUAAGCUUGACAAUUGUGAUGCCAUGGCAAUGAUGCAACCUUGGUUUGGCUGUUACAUCUGAACCUUGUGUAAAUUACCGGUACUACUUACUAUGUUCUGUAUUUUGCAAAUGAAGAGAAGUUAUAUUUAACAAGUUUUAAAUCUCCCAAACUCUUACAUUAUAAUAGUUAAUAGCAGUUGAUAGGUUGAACAUGCCAUUUUAGCACAAAGGAGUUUUCUGUGUCUGCAGAAUCUCUGGCCUCAAUCUAUAUUAUAUUAUAUUCUUUCAAAGUACUAGUAAUGUUCACUGUACUGAGCAUGUGGGAUUUAUGGGUAUGAGCAUCUGUCUCUAUUUAUGGAAGGUUCUAUUUCCAACCAUUUCCAAUCUAUUAAUAUUAUAAAUGCUCAUGAUUAGGGAGUUAUGGUCUAAAAGUGUUCUGUCGCUGAACUAUCUCUCAUUAAAGGCAAAGAAGCAAUUGGGAUGUUAACUUAAUUAAGCCUUAAUGGAUGUGGUAGAAUUGAAUCACUAAACGUACUGAAACAACUUGUGUGCUAAAAUGGCAUAAAUGCAUAAUUAAGAUGCUUAAAGUUCUGUCUUCCUUUUUCAAUUUUUUCUUGUUUCUCAUACAAUUCCUUGCAUGUUGGUUGUUAAACGUUUGCGGAGACUGGAGAAGGAUGAGGAGGUGGCCUUGCUAAACUGAAAAGAUUUAUACUGAGGCUAACCAAUUAUCCAGACCAUUAUGGGGAGGGAUGUAAGGAGUCCUCAUUUUCCAUUCUGCCCUGUGUUCAUCACACGCAGCGUUGCUUACGUUAUCAGUAUUUGUGGUUGCUGCUGCUUUCAGUCUGCGAACAAUACAGGCGUCUUCCCAUGUACACACGUGAUCAACUUGUGCACAACCGUGUAUAUGCGUGGUGCCUGGAAAUAAAUCAAUUCUAAACUGCAAAAGACACGAAAACUGCAAAUAUAGCUUUUUAAAUAGCAAGAAAACGACUAGUGCAACCCCAGGACCCUUUGCAACUGCAAUCUCAUGGGGUUUUCAAGGGUUUCCAGGGGUUUAGAGGGUGUUUAUAGGCUUUUUAGGUGGUGUUUUCCUCAAUACAUGAUUUCACGUAUACGUGCUACCCUGGAACAUAACCCCCAUGUAAGUGGGGAGAUGCCUGUAAUCAAGUGAUUGUGUUUUCCCACCUGAUCUGUGUUUCUUUUGCAGUGAAAUGGGUAGGGUUAAAUAACAAGGUAACAACAUAAUUUAUAUAAUUUGUUCGUUGCAGCAGCUAGCGAGACAGAUAAUGUUAGUUUUGGCAGAAGACGAACUGCAGCAGAAUAUUCUGAUUUGUUUCGCUUCCAGACAUGGGCCUAAUAAGCACACAUUGGCAAUUUCCACUGUCAUUUCUGUUUUUGCUGGAAUUCUCCAACAUCCCUAAUUCUGUGUUGAUUUUCAAGACCCAUUUCCGUAUGCACAACAGGACUUCCUUCUGCCUGAGCUUCGUAGGGGAAAACUGUUGAUGGUUGACAACUUACAUUUCAAAGAAGCUUGUCCACCAUUACUGAUUAGCUGUGAUUCCUGCAUUGCUGAGAGUUAGACUACAUGGCCAUUUGGGACCCUUCCAACUCUGUAAUUUUAUGAUUUCUCAUAGUCCCUGGGAAAAAAACAAACUCCUGUGGAGCCCCAGAGUUCCUCAGAACAGAGAUAGUAAAACAGCAGCUCCAGAUAAGCUCAGAUUUGUUUGUUCUGCAAAGUAAAGCCUAUAAUUUGUGUUCCUUAAGAUAGAUACUUGCUAAUUCAUAUUUGCAGCGUUUCUGAUGACUCGCAUGUUGUUGUUGUUUUGCAGGAAAAUGAAUGCAUGAGGAUAAAAAUUCUGGGAGACUGUUAUUACUGUGUCUCGGGAUUACCUGUUUCCUUGCCAGUACAUGCCAAGAACUGUGUGAAAAUGGGCCUCGACAUGUGCGAAGCUAUAAAGUAUGUACUUUAAAAAAAUGAGUUUAAAUAAUAUGUGGAAACAUUAACAAGGUAGAACUAAAGACAUGAGAAUAGGUUACAUAGUAGUGUGCAAAGUAUACAUCCCCAACAUGGGGACAGAAAAAAGUGUUGCUGUCAACCGCCUGUUUUGUACAUCACACUAAGCCAAACCAUGGCUUAGCAUUAAUGGGCAAGUGUGGGCUCUGGGAGAGGAGAUUGUGGCCUCUUUAUUCCUCUCCAGUAGUUUUGCUGCUCCAUCAUAGUUUUGUUAAGCACAGCAUCCAAACUGGGCUCAUGGUUUACCUGUGCUGACAAAGCACAAGCUGUAAACCACAGGACAAACCUUGGUUACAGCUCAUAGCUAGUCUGUAGAGAAUGAGGCCAUAGUAAUUGGCCCAAAGUUAGGGAGGGUCCAUAGCUUAGUGGUGAAGCAUAUGGUUUGAAUGGAGAACGUAUUGAGUUCAUUCUCUGUUAUUUCCAUGCAUGGCUGUUAAAGGCUUUUGCCUGAAACUCUGAAGAGCCUCGAACAGUGAAUGUAGACAGCACCAAGCUAGAUGGAUCAAUGGUCUGGCUCAACAUAAAGCAGUUUCCUGCAUUCCUAAAAUGACAGUAGGCAAGCAGUUCUAAAGCAUUAUUUGAGUCUGUGUUUGGAAGUUCAGACUAUGGCUUGGGUUCUAAAUGAUGGUUACUGCAAACCAUUGAGCCACUGCAUUUAAUGUGUAUGAUAAAACAAGGGCAAGUAUUUAAAGAAACACGUGAAAGCAUCAGAGAUGAUGGUUCGUUUCUCUCUGUAUUCAAUGCUCCUCUAUUCAUGAGCAUAGACUAAAUUGGCAUAUGGUCUGGCUCAGUAUAAGUCAUUUUCCUAUAUUCCAUUGUCUUCCGUUGCUUGUAUAGAUGAAGCCUACUCCAAUUUGUUUAAAACACUCGAUCCAUCCCACUUCUCUCAUUUUCGCUGUUGACUUGAGCACAUCCCUAAAUUUCACAUUGGUGUUUGCGGUAAUUAAGAGAGAAUUAAAGCACCAGCAUAAAUUUGUAGGCAUUAAGAUGGGGGAAGAGUAGGCACCUCUUCCAAUCCUCUUCUGAUCUGUUUUGCAGACAAGUGAGAGAAGCCACAGGAGUGGACAUCAAUAUGCGAGUCGGCAUUCACUCUGGGAACGUGCUCUGCGGUGUAAUAGGGCUUCGGAAAUGGCAGUACGACGUUUGGUCUCACGAUGUCUCCUUAGCUAACCGAAUGGAAUCUGCGGGAGUUCCUGGGUAAGGAUUCCCCAACCUGAAGGUGUAAUUCACUUGGGAAAGAAGCCUGGUGAAAUUAUGCCCUUUUUGUCGUGGUGCUGGAGACGUGUGGAAUCUUCACAACGCUAUGAGCAAAACUUGAGUAAUGUGCAUUGUACCACGCUAUUCAGAAGAAGGGCUGUUUAUUGCCUCUAAAGUCUAUGGAUGUUCUUUGCUGGUUGAUUUUCUUCCUUUCAUGCAUUUAUCAUUUGAUGUCUUGUCGUGGUUGCUCGCUGUAUAAGCCACAAAGGCCACAUCCAGACCAUACAUGUAAAGCACAUGGCAUGGAUUUGACCAUGGUUUUGAUAGUUUGCAUGGUUCCAUACCAUGCCUACCGAAUCCAUAAUUGAAAUGGCUCACAACCAUCUGGUUAAUUCUCUUUUAUAUAUGAGCAUAGAUGCUCUUCUGUCAUUGGAUAAUCCCCUGCCCCUCCCUGCCCCCAGAUCCUGAGUGUUGGCAUUGCUGAAGCUUUUCCUAGUGCAUAAAUAAUAACAAUUAACUGGCUGGAAGCUAGCAAGCAAAUGAAACAGUUUAAGUAAACAAAUGAUCACAUUAAGCAGUAUAAGAUGUUGAUUUACAUAAUUAAAACAGUGUUAGCAACUCCCCCCACACUGAAGCUCAACUCUGCCCAUGGACAAAUUUAUUAAAGAGUUUUAUCAAAGAGCUCUCCAAGUGGUGUCCAAAUAAGACCUGUAGGUAAAGCACAGGUCAAAUCCACCAACCAAUUUAAAAACACACACACAAAUGCAUAUAAAACCAUUGUAAUUAAAACACAGAUAAAAAUCAAUACAGCUUUUAAAAACAAAUAUAGCUUGCUGAUUGUAUAUCUGGGUAGCUGGUUCCCUUUUGGAGAACAACCCCAAUGAUAGGAAUGUGCAGGGAAGAAACUAUUUAACCGAAAGAAGGUGUGUGUAUAUGUAUUUGGAGCUUAGUGCAUUACAGCUUGGAUUGUUUCAGAACACUGCCUGAGAAACUGUGAGGCUAGCCAGCUGAGUAAACUCUUGGACGGUUCUGCGUUGUGUAAUAUAUCUAGAUGUUGCCCUCGAGAGCUUCCAGCCCUUUUUGAGAGCCAUUCAGCAACUUGUUCAGAGAGGGGUGGUGGAGGGAAGAGUGUUUUUUGGUAUAAAUUUGAAUUAAUGUUGACGGCCUCCCCAAGCACACGCAAGCUGUCCUUGAAAAUGAGAUUAGCAGUUUGCACAAGUAUUGAGAGUGUGUAUAUUUUAUAAUGAUCCCUAGGGCUACAGCUAAUCCAUGUGUGAGUCACUGUGCAUAUAAUUAACGUUUGCUUGCAUUAAAUUCAUGUGCGGUGCUGAAUGCUGCUGCAUGAUGGCAUCUGUUAAUAAUAAUAGUAAUCGUAUCGCCAUGAAUAUACAUAGUGCUUUGCAGACAAACACAAGAGAGGGGGAGACAGAUCAGUGCCUUAACAGGUUUACAGCCUAAAUUUUGCUUGCCUCAUCUCCCACACUGCUGAAAGAAAGGGUGCUACAUAACGUUUGUUCCACACUUGCAAGGAAGCAUUCCUGCAGCAUGGCAACCCCUGCACUUUGGUACUCCCUGCCCACUGAUACUAGGCAGGUGCUUUCUCUGUACAGUACUAUACUGCUGAAACCUUUUUGUUGUCAUUGCUGAAGGAAGCCUAUCCAGACAUGCAAACUGGGACAUGCAUUUUAAUGUGCAACUUUUAUUUUGUAAUGUGCGCUUUGAAAACUGCUCGUUUAUUUUGAAAAUUUUAGGUUAACUUGCUUUCAAUGUCUGAUAUUAUCAGUGUUUUUAAUGCGUAAUUUAUUUAAACCACUUGGAGGUUUUGACAAUUAAGCAGUAGAUAAAUCCUACAUACCUUCCUUAAUAAAAGAAGAUAAAACUGAAGGCACUGCACAAAGCCCAGUGAGAAAUGCAUGAACAAUUGUGCUAUGAUGGAUGGCAAAUAAGCAAAGCUGUUAAACAGCAAUGCUGCCAGGAUCCUGGAUUUGGCUUCCAAGGCGUGAAGCUGUUGAGAAGCACAGGCUUGUCAACAGCAGCCAUUGAUAUGGAAAUGAAUAACUUACAGUGACCUUUCUGCAAAUGUUUCAAGUCUUUUGUGCUCCUGUCUCUUUCCUCUCUCCAGCCGUGUACACAUCACAGAAGCAACCCUCAGUCACCUAGGCAAAGCUUAUGAAGUGGAAGAUGGGAAUGGACACCUCAGAGACCCUUACCUUGAAGCCAUGAAUAUCAAAACUUACUUGGUGAUAGACCCGAGGGUAGGUGUGCUUUUACCCUAAGAUACACGUGCAUAUCGCUUACAAGUGUGUGCACACAUUUGUCUUCCUGGCUUAUUAUUAUUUUUAGCAAGUUAUAAAUGGAAUGUUGCCUGGGAUCUCCCUCCCCAUUGGCUGAAGUGCUGUGAUGUCAUCACGUUCUCAGAUUGUUUGGGAAGUAGAUGCCCGUGGUAAAAUGUUUGCAAACGAUGUUGCAUCUGUGAAUGAAGUGGAAUUUAUUUAUUUAUUUAUUUAAGAGUUUGGCUAUGAAGAAUUUCAUACUGGAAUUGAGGGUAUGAUAACUGUGAGCUGUUUUUUUUUUCCAGGAAGGAAGGAGGGGCAGAGAUAGAAAUCCUGGGCAGACAAGGAUAGCAAAUGGAAUGCAGGUGGUGGCAAAGCUAGAUUGGGCAACCCGGAAGCAGAGUGGUUGAGUAAGCCCAUGGGUGUGGGAGACAAAAGGACGGAGUAGUGGUGGGGGAGGGGAGAGGAGCUAGGGAGAACCUUGCAUAGGGCAGGGAUAGCCAAUGUGGAGGCUUCUAGAUGGUCUUGGCUACAACUCCCAGGGUUAAUGGGAGCUGUUGCCCAUGAACAUGGUUGGCUUAUCCCUGGGGAGAAAAGGGAUGGAAAAUAAGAGCGAAACUCAGAACUGGGGACCAGUGAACCGUGCACAGUGUUGAUAUGAGUGAGCCUGAAUUUUCACAUUGAUUUGAACAAGCCCAAUCUGCCUGCAGGUUUCUGGGGCACAUUUGGGUUUCUGUGUGCAUGUGAGCCUGCGCAUAAUAUACAUCUGACAAAAAUUUUGUUGUGUGUGAGGGGGAGUCAAAUAAUUCGCUUUUUUAGUUCUGCGGUCUGCAAAAAACAAAACCCCACACCUUGUAUUUUGUAGCUGAAAUAAGUUGAGCAAGUCUGCAUGCUUAAUCGUGCUCAAGCAACCCCUCAAUUUAUUUUGCAUGGCUGUGCUUAUGUAUGUUUGUUAGUUGUUGUUGUUUUGCUUUGAGUUUCUCAAGCUAGGGAAAGGAGUUGCGGGGUGUGUAGGGGGGUGGGAAUUGGGACACCAAAGGCAAUAAACCACAAAGAAAGAUAGCGACCGUGGACUGAGAACUGGGAGCACAGACGGUGGGGAGGCAGGGCUGCAAUUGCAUAACGAGGCUGAAAUAAGUAUUAGACAUUCAGUUGCCAGGGUCCAUGGAUCCAUGAAACAAUGGCUUAUAGAGUUCGGUCUCCAAGGAACACUUCAAGUAUCCAGAAAAGGCUGCUCUUUAACUGUGUGUAAUUAAAAGAAUACGCUUCAAGCCUCCCACGUUCUGCCUUUAAGUGCAGCUCCACUGGCAUUCUGAGAAAAAGCAAUGAGAAAAUAAAAGGUACUCCAGGGUGAUCCAGUUUGUUCUGCUCAGCUCACAAAUGAAACUGUGUGCUGCAGUUGAGGCCAGCAUCCUCUUAAGCUGGUUCCCAAGAUUAAACGUGUGUUGAGUAUAUAGCGUGGAUGUGGCAUGAGACCUGUUGGACACACUCAUCAGCUACCUCUGGAUUGGGAGGAAAGGUGUGUAGAUCAACGGUCUCCAGAGUGGGCUGUCCUGUCCCCUAGGGGGCACUGGGGUUACCUAGGGUGGCUCUAAGAGGCAAGCGGCUGAGGUGUAAAUGAGUAUCAGUGGCAUCAAUGGCUCAAGUUAAUCAAAUCAGUUGAAUCAGUUAAACUAAAUGGUUUAAAUUGGAUUUUGAAUAAACGUGCAAUUAAUUGUUGCUGUUCAGAAUUUCAUUGUGUUGGUAGCUGAAUUGUCGUAUUGCGGAGUUGGAAGGAACCACAAGGAUCAUUUAGUCCCACCUCCUUCAAUGCAGGAAUCCUGUGAUUUAAGAGCUUCAUGCUCUACCAACUGCGCUAUCCCUCAGUGGAUUGUGCAAACCACUAUUCUGAAGAAUGCUUUCCAUGGGGUAAGGCACAGGGCACUGGGGUGAAGUUAAUGGAACUGAGGGGGAGAUGGCCCAAAAAUGUUUGGGAACCACGGGUGUAGAGCAUACGCUUUGACUGCAGAAGUUUCCCCUAUUCAUUCACCUACAUCUCCAGAUGAAAGAGUCAAGUGAUAAAUGAUGGGACAGUCCCCUGCCUGCCAUAAGGCACUAGAGAGGCCUUGCAGGUCAGAGCAGGCAAAAGCGGUCUGAAGUCAGUGUUGGCUAACCUGUUGCCCUCCCAGAUGUUCACGGACUCUAGCUCCCUUCAGCCUCCGCGUCAGCCAACAUGGACAGUAGCCAGGGAUGACAGGAGUUGCAGUCAUAGGAAGAGCCCAGCUGGGUUGGACUGAAGGCUGACCUAGUCCAUCGUCCUCCUGUUUUCUCAGUGGCCAAGCUGACCCAUGAGCAAGGUCUGAGUCCAGCAACAUAUGGAGGGACCACAGGCUCCCCAUCUCUGGGCUGGGUAGACAUAGCUUAUAAGGCUUCCUGUAUCAUUUCCUGUAUAAUUUCAUUUCACCAUGUUUAUUGUACCUGGCACCUGUUAAGACUUUUCUGUAAGACUGUUCAGAUGUGUAAUCUUAACAUAUAAGUUUGUUUUAAUGUGUAUAUUUCUUCAAUAACUUUUACUGAUAAAUUACACUGUUUGCUUGCUUUUAACGUUCAGUUUUUAACCAGUAUUUUUUAACAAAUGUCUCAUGUUUUAUGGUCACCGUUUAGAACAGCCUUCACCAACUUGGCACCCUCCAGAUGUUUCAAAACUCAUUUUGGCUGAAGCUGGUGGAAGUUGUAGCUUCGAACAUCUUAAGUAUCAUAGAAUCCCUCUACUGCAAUGCAGGAAUAUUCAUUCAGCUGUCCUUUACGGGCAUCAAACCGGCAUCCUUGGCAUUAUCGGCAGCACGCUCGAACCAACUGAGCCAUCUAGCUAUCCAAACUGGAGAGUGCCAGUUUGGCUUAGAGGUUACGGAUGAGUCAGCAGUACAGUGGUACCUCAGGUUAAGAACUUAAUUCGAUCUGGAGGUCUGUUCUUAACCUGAAGCACCACUUUAGCUAAUGGGGCCUCCCGCUGCCGCUGCACCGCUGCUGCACAAUUUAUAUUCUCAUCCUGAAGCAAAGUUCUUAACCCGAGGUAAUAUUUCUCGGUUAGCGGAGUCUGUAACCUGAAGCAUAUGUAACCCGAGGUACCACUGCAUAUAAAUUCUGUCAAAUAAUUUCAUUUGUUCAUUAUAUCCAGUUUUCUAAAAUGUACACUUGGCUGUCUUGUUUCUCCCCGGGUUCAGUCUAAGCAGCGCACUUCCAACAACCACCUCCCACAAACCACCAGAGUGCACGAUGGCUUGAAGAUGAGGGCCUCUGUCCGGAUGUCGAGGUUUUUGGAGACCUGGGGGGCCGCCCGGCCUUUUGCUCACCUAAACCACAGAGAGAGUGUGAGCAGCGAGACAACUGCACCAAACAGAAGGCAUAGGAGGGUGAGGCUCCAUUGCUCUUUCUUUCCAAAACCCUCAGUUUGGACUUGGUUGGCUUUUGGUUGUUGUUGUUGCUGCUGCUGCAAGGAGUCAGAAGUAAAUAUUGGAAACAAAGGGUAGAAAAAGGGAGAGAAGUCCUGUCCUGUCCCAUCCCAUCCCCCUCCCACUUUACUUAUGGGAAGUGGAGUUUGUGGCCCAUUGUGGCUAUGAAGUGGGCAGGUACAGCCAUUUCCCAGCUUCAGCACGGCAGUGGAAGGUGUUUUCCUGCAUGGCUAGCUGGGAAAUCCCAUGAGACAUUGGGGGCCAACCUGAUGGGCGGGAUGUCAGAACGGACCUGGGUGAAGACUUCACCCACCCAGGUCCCCUCUGAGGUGAUUUAAAGGGCUGGGGUCGUAUGUAUUACAUACAUAUCAGUUCUUCUUUUGACACCAGUCUCAGUCAUAGGGUGUACAGAUGGUCAACAAAAAGUAAAAAAUAAAUAAAUCCGGAAGCACAGUCCUUUUUUAACACCUUUCCACUUGUGGCUUAUUUUAUUUUAUUUUUUUACGUUUUAUUUUAUUUAUUUUAUUGCAACAAAAUCCUGUGUUAAGAUGUUAAGGAUGUUAAGAGAAAAUAUCACAGCGAAGAGCAGCAUAAGAGCAACCAUAAAAUUACAUUUAGAAAGCAAAUAUAAAAUAGAUAUUUUCAUAGCAAAAGUGAAUAAAGCUAUAAAUGUCAGGUCACGUAGGGCAUCUGCUUCCCUACCUAGGCAGUCUUGCAAAUGACACAAAUCUUAGGUUUGUUCCCCCGUCGUGCCACUUCCUGAGAGGAAGCCAGCCCCUUACGUUACAGAUGCAGAAACUCAGCCAACCAUUUAAUAUACUUUCUAUGUUAUGGGGAACUCACAGGUCAGGGGCUCUUCUGUGCAGCACUGAACGUAUUUUGCUUGUUGAAUUCAUUAAAUUAUAUUUACAUGCUUUAAGAGGGAGGGUUGGGAAAGCAUUAAUCCCCUAACUUUUCUCUCUUGCUUAGGAGAUAGCUCUGCAGUUGGUGAGCCGUCAGAGGACUACAGAGAGGCAAGUCAUGCAUGGUUAUAACACAUGUUAGAUCGUGCUGUGUUGUGGUGUUGUGUGUGUGUAUACACACACACACACCCUACCUUCCAGAACUGUGAUUAACAAGGCAGCUAGAAAGUUACUGUUACUACUACUAAGCCAGCACAACCAACAUAAUAUAAGAUGUUUACAGUAAGAAAAAGCUCUGGGACCUCCCUGGAAGAGAAGCCCUUUUGCUAAGCAUCUGAAAGGUCAGUGAAGAUGGAGUUGUACAACUUUGGUGCCCCUGUCAAGAAGGCCCUGUCUUGUGUAGCACAUAAAUUGGUUUGCAGAUCUUACUGAAGGCUCAGUAACUCCACUGCAUGUGGUCUCUGAAUCACUUUCUUUGGAAUGUUCUUCUUAUUCUGCACAAUAUUCCUCUGUGACUUUAUCAGAAGUAGGCUGCAUAUUAUUGUCUUGAUUUUUGUAUUAGAUUUGGCUGAUUCUUCUCUCUGCACAGUUUGACUUCAGAUUUACUAUUUUUAGCAGAGGAGUGCCCUCGUGAAGGUUUUCAUGCAAGAAAAUUAUUAUUAUGAUUUUUAAAUCACCACAUACUAGGGUUGCCACCUUUAGCAUUUCCUCCCUAAACAUUAUCCUCCAAAAUAAAACAAAGUUGUCAGGCGGACAGUGAGUGGCUUAGAGGGAAAGGAGUUACAGUGAGUUGUGGAGGGAUUAAGCACACCUCUCCUUAGCUGAUUCUCCACUGAAAAUCCACCCCGCUCCUAAAAUAGCAAGCAGUCAGUGUUUACUUCCAUUACAUUGCAUAGUUAGGCUCAGAGAUGGCUUUUAAAAUGGUUAGAAAAAUUCCUGGAAGAUGAGGUCUAUCCAAUUUAGCUCUAAUAGCUAAAUGGAACCAAGCCCAAAGGCAGUAUAACCCUGAAAAUCCGGUGCUGUUAACAGGCAACAGGGGAGCGCACACAAGUCUGCAUUUACCUGGCAAACUGUGGCAAACAAACUGCUGGACUAAAUGUUAUGUUAUGUGCAGCUAGCUCUGGCAGAAGCAGACAAAUGUGUCUGAGGAAGGGAGCAAAUGGACUUGGGCGGUGUUUUCCUCCUGUGCUCUUUCUUUUGUCACUUUAUUUACCCAGUGUUCAGGCAGCUGUGGUUCUUCUCACUUUCUCACCCCCAACUCCACAUAACAGUCCCUGAAUUUAGUCUCUCAAGCAGAGCGGUAUCACUUUGAGGUCUGGGUGAGCCAAGGCAAGUGAAGAGAAGAAAUCCACAGCACUUAGCAAGCUGCUCCCUUCUUUUCCAUCUCUAUCUCUAUCUCUAUCUCUAUCUCUGUCUCUGUCUCUGUCUCUGUCUCUGUCUCUGUCUCUGUCUCUGUUUCUAUUUCUAUUUCUAUUUCUAUUUCUAUUUCUAUUAUUUCUAUUUCUAUUUCUAUUAUUUCUAUUAUUUCUAUUUCUAUUUCUAUUUCUAUUUCUAUUUCUAUUUCUCUCUCAUACUCUAGACUCCUCAGCAGAGCCAGGCAGCAGAAGCAUGAGUAAGGAUGGAAUUUUCUGAAAAUCUGAAUAUCUAGCAUAUCUGCACAGAUUUUUUCUAAUCGCAUCUUGCUCAUUAAUUUUGAUUGGAAGCCUUCCCCCCCCCCCGAGCGUCAGCUAUAAAUCUUAACAGUGCUCAUACACAUUAUUGUAUAUAUACUAUUAUAUGUCAUGUAUUCCAGGUUUCCUGAAGUAACUGGCACAUAGACAAGUACAUGCAAAAAUGUGUAUGUAUUAGGCAACAUAUUUGUAAAAUUAUGCAUGAGCCUUGACUUUUAUGUAAUAUUUGUAUUUUGUUUAUAUAGCUUCACAUAUAUUUAGUGUUUGGGGGGGCAAUACCCCCAAGAUUGCAGAAAUGGCUCUGAUAUAACCACAGGCUCAAUACAAGAGGCAAUUUGAUGUGAGCAAAGCUCAGUCAGGCUGGAACCACCAAGUUCUGCGUAUAAAUUGGUUUAAAAUGGGUUCCUCCUUCAUCCCUUAGCAUGAAAUUAUCUGUGAACGAAUCAAGUGGCAUCAGACAAGGGCUGGGCAAAGAGGGGAAAACAGUGUCCUAGAUACUUCAGCUCUUUCUCCCAGCCAUUCCUAGAUCAUGCACCACCUCUGGGUCAAAGGUUGCUCUGCAACAUCAGAUGUAGGUAGAGCUUCCAACUGCUGUAUCAUCUCAGGUGAGAAACAGGCAGGUUUACUCCAUGCUCAUUAGUUAUUUUGUUCACAACAAACAAAUCAAAUUUUUGCUUUAAAAACACGCUCUUGCACAUUACUUUAGGACUCCAAGCUUUUUCAAGACGCAACACAGAGAUCCCCCCCGGAAAAAAAAACCAAACUUGAGAUGUUUGCUUUUAUUUUGUCCACCUUAUGAAGACAGGCUGCUAUAACAUUAGUCUUUUCACAGGUGAUUAAUCUGAUCAUUUCUAAUCAAUGCAUGACAUCAAAUUUCUCUCUCCUUUCUCUUUCCCUGUGUUUGUUUGUGUGUGUUAGUCUGGAUAGGUCUAGACAAGAACCGUUGUGUCCUCCUUCGGUUGUAAGCUAUAAGUGAGUUUCUCUUUCUUUCUUCUGCUUUCUGUGUAUGCCUUGUGCCAUAGAACAACUAGAUACUCCCUUGCUACUUUCUCCUCUCUCUGCACUAUAUUUAUAUCUAAGCAAUACUUGAGAUACCUUGGGCCCCCUUUGUUUAAAAUUGGCCAGCGUGCAUUUUCAGCUUUUGCCUCUGCAAAAUGUAAUUAAAAGGUAUGUAAUGAUUACUCAGUGCACCUGUUCUCCUGCAUUUUGGGGAAACGUUUCAUCUGGAUGAUGUUUCUCUGCCUGUCCUUAGGAAUACCUCUCAGAAAGGAAGGAUGGAAGAAGAAAUUAACGACAAAAUGAUGUCAACCAUCGAGGGCCUCAGUUCAGCCAAGUAAAGGCACCACUCUUUUCUUCCUGUCCUUGAGAGAAUUGCCUCAUCUGCAGAAGGGGAGGGGCAGAAAAGAACGGGGAUUUUCCCCAUGCUUAUUUUCUAUAGUAUGGGAGUGUGCAGGCCUACUUAGAAAUAUCGCCCCUUCGUCAUAAAUGUGUGUGGAGAAAACAGAUUGUGUUUUCUUCAGUGAUAAGCAAACACACUCCUCUGCUGCUGCCUUUUCAGUGAACUGUAACAUGGAAAACAGGUUAUGGGGUUAAGCGUAAAGAGCGCUGCACUUCUGCAUAGGUUUCAGGUUCCCAGAAUUGUAGUCCAAAAACACUGGUUUAAAUAAUCAGAAUUACCCUGUGUUGAAAACACAGCUCACAGCUGUCUGACUGCUACAAAACCCUCGGUUGGCUCAGUUUUGAGAAGAACAAAAAAGUAGAAAACCAGAAGUGGGCUUGACAAAACAGGAAAUUGAGAAAUGUCCUCUUAUGACAUGACUAUUAAUUAGGAGGUCUAUUACUCCGGCUCCUAAAGAGCACUUGUGAAAUCAGGAAGCUUUUUGAGUUCAGAGUAAGAGUCUUCAGGUUAACACAAUACAGAUGUCAAGGGAUUCACAUGACACCCUGCUGUUUAUUGUCUCUGGCAAUACUAGGUAAUCCUAAGAAAUGCAGCUUUUUGAAAAAUUGCACAGUACAAACUUCAGAUCAGAAGUACACAAAUGGAAUUCCAGAGUUCUCUGCAAAUUUCUGCAAGGUCUCCUCCCACCUCUGCAGCCCUGGCCUGAAUUCAGGGUUCUUCUGUGAGUUCAAGGGGGUGGGGGUGCAAAGACCCUCACUUUUAGCAGGGAUUGGCUCCAGUCGAGAACUCCUGAGUAGAGCCAAUCCCAGCAGGGCUUGCUUUUGGUGCCAAAUUAAGUACAUGCCGAAGGCAAAAUCAACUUGCAGAGGAACAACCGGCAGCCUUUUCUAGGGCUCUCGAUUGUUUCUCCACAGAUGUGUGUGGCCAGGGGUAGCGAUGCAAAAAAUCACAUUGAGGGCCAAAUUAGGAGGCUGGAGGUUCCCCAUCCCUGACUUAGAAUAACAGUGGUCUUGGUGCCUUAGAGCGCUGGUCUUCCACUGAAGAAUUGAGGCCCACUACUGAGUCACAGCCACACAGAUGCAUGCCAGGAGAUUAAGAAAUGGUCCCUGGAUGUAUGAUUGGCUUAAAAGUGGGUCCUGGGUUUGUAAAGCUGGGAGAUACCCGCUCUAGGGUAUUCAUAGUGCUUUAGUUAUCUUAGUUAUUUUCACAACAACCAUCUUGUAAGAUAGUCCGUAUAGCAUAGAUGUGGGGUGAGUCUAAGUCUGGAGUGAGGACCACAUCCCUAAGGCUGCCUCCUGAGUUGAUGGCAGUGGUGAGAUCUUAUUUAUGGGUCUUCUCAGUCGUUUGUGCUUUGGGGAGUCCAAGUUCCCUCCCCACACGUACCUAUUUGCGGUUCCAUCUUGCUCUGCAUCGUUUUAUCCUGCUCCCAUGCAUAUGUUUUCAACAAGCAUUUCUUCUUCAAUGCAGGCCGUGGUGUGGUAAAAAAGACGACUUCCGUGGGCUGUGUGGCUUCUUGCUAUGUUUCGUAGAAAUGGAGCUUGAGAAAGAGGUUAGUAAACGAAGCUUUGUGGCCUUCCUGUUUGUAGAAUCUCGGGGAUGGAAGGUGGUCCCCCUGAGGCAGGAAUUUCCAUGCAUCCAUCCUCCAUUGGCACCACAGAAAAGCAACCUGAUUCUUCCUUGGGGCAUCACCUUGUUACUUGAGUCGUUGGGUCCUCCUCAUCGUACCCUUUGAAAGGUUGAGCACCACCAGAAACUCCUUUUGGGAAAAUCUGAAGAACUACUUUUCUGAUAAGGCUGCUCAGAGGAUAUGAUUGCUAAUUUUAAAUAUCUGAAGGUCUGUCAAAUGGAAGAGGGAGCAAGCUUGUUUUCUGUUGCUCCAGAGGGUAGUGCCAGAACAAAUGGACUCAAAUUACAAGAAAGGAGAUUCCAGCUAAACAUUAGGAAGACCUUACUAACAGUAAGAACUGUUUAUUGGUGGAACGAACUCCCUCAGAAGGUGGUGGACUUCCUUCAUUGGAGGUUUUUAAACAGAGCUUGGAUGGCCCAGGGAUCCUUUUGCUGUGGUUUUUGCAUUGCAAGCAGUUGGACUAGAAUGGUGAUCCUAAGGGAUCCCUUGCAGCUCUUCAGUUCUUUGAUUCUGGAUUGAGGAAAAACUACAUUUUGUGUGUGCUAUAAACAGGCUAGUGUGUACACAGCCAAACUCCCAGCCUUGACCUAGGGAGGACUUAAUUCAUCAGAGAGGCCAAAGUAUUCACAAUGCCUACUCUCCGGCUCAAUAAAUCUGUCCUUUCUUUCGCUCUGUAAUCUCCCCAGAAAGCAAAGCUCACUUAGGUCUUCAUCAUUUCUUGCAACUUCCACUCUUCACUGCCUCUGCCCCACUCCCACACUUGUUUGACUUUCCCGCCUUUCUUGUUCAAGUACCCAUUGUGUCUUGGGCGCACUGCUUGUCCCUGGUGUCGCACCAACACCAAUGCUCGUUUCUGAAAUGCUGAGAUGGUAAGACAACACCGGAACUCAGUCCUCCUGCCCAAACCCUCACAAGGAUAGUACAACAAACUGGGAGACAACAUAGAUUUUAUUUUUGAUCUUCCUCCUUUCUCUUCCUCAUCAUGCCCUUAGAGAGGAGGAAUAAGAACUAUUCAUUUAAUUUGCCUUUUUUAAGUUGUCAGGUUCUAACAUUCGUGUCUUUUUGUGGCUGUAGCAAAGAACUUGUUUGAUAGAAGGCUCUUUUUGUCUAGAAGUUGCAUGUAGCACCCAAGAAAGCUAGUCCUUAUGAGCUGACCAAAAUUAUGUAAAUCCGAGCUAAUGUCUUUGUUUUGUUUCCCCAUCUCCAGUAUCGCACAAUCCCGAUCCCCAAAAUGAGGGGUUAUUUUGCCUGCGCCAGCAUUGUGCUGCUGUGUAUGUUCCUUGUACAGAUUUCCAUAAUGCAAGGGUAAGUGGUCCCCCCCCCUUUUCCUUUUUAAAUAUGUCUCAUACAAAUCUGCUACAAGGGCAGUUUAAUGUAAUUUGGAGAUUGAAGUUAAUGCUGCCCCCUGGCUCCAGAUUGCAGAAUUGGCACUGUUGCGACUGCUACGUAAUAGACGUCCUCCGUUUGUAAGAGCUUGGAUCAUAUAAUGAGGCAGCACCCACAGCUUUGGAACUCCCUGCCUAUUGAUAUCAGCCAGGCUCCUCCACUGUAUUCUUCUCAGCCCCUGAUAAAACAUUUAGGCAAGCCGAGGCAGUUGUUCCAUAUGUUCCAAAGCUAAGCAUGUAGGAACACUGAAGAUGCCAGGUGCUUUGGUUUCAAGAGACUGGUGUGCAAGUUCUGUUCCAUACAGCGGAACUUCAAGGAAAACACAACUAAAAUUCACUCCAACAGAAGGUACUCCAGAUGGUUUGCUCAUGUAUGUGCACAGAAAAUAGAUCCAGCUGAAAGGAGAUUUACAUUGAUUGCUGCAAUGCAUCCCUAUUGAUUGUUAUUGCAUUUUUAAACCAUAUUUUAUUGAUUUUCAGAUAUACCAGGACCAAGGAAACAACAACAUUAUUGUUGUAUAAGCUUAGAAGGUUGCAUGAUCUUAGAAGGGUGUGUGGCUUGGGGGGGGGCAUGGCUGUGAGAAUCAUGAAGAGACUCUGCGCUUGUGAUUAUUUUUAUUUAAUGAAAAUUGUACACUGCUUCAUUGUUUUUAAAAAAACCCCACACCCUCAAAGCAGUUUACAAAAAGAUAAAAACCCUACCUUUAAAAGAUAACAAAGGUUAAAAUACUAAAACGGAUUAAAAUCACCUCAACUUUUUAAACAGCUAAACAGUAACGUGUGUAGCAGGCACCGAAAAGGGUAGAGCAAAAGUGCCUGCUUGAUCUCAACAGGCGGAGAGUUCCACAGUGCAAAUCCUGCUUCACUAUAUGAUCGAGUUCUUACAAAGGUGGGACAGGUAAUGGGGGCCUCCUGCAGUAAUUCCACUUCCGCCAACUGAAGUGGUUGAGUGGGCCCAGGCCACUGCAUUACACUACUGUUUGCCACUGCACUACUGUUACUGAUUCAGCGCUGCCUCCUCUGGCCAGCAGUUAGCUCUUGAAGGUUUCAGACAGGGGUCCUUUAUAUCGCUUCCACCUGAGAGAGCCUUUUAACAGCAGCCGCAAGGGAUUGAACCUGGCAUCGUCUGCUUGCAAAGCACGUACUGUUCCACCAGAUUAUGGUUCUGUGCCCAAGAUGGGAGUCCAGAUGGCCCCGAUUAGCAGCCCAUGUUCCCGCUCUAGAUGACAGGAAUGAAUAGAGAGAUGGUAUGUAAUUGGAGAUGCGGAACCAAGGAAAUUUGCCUCCUUAUCUUUUUGGUGCUAGGGUGUUAUUGCCUUGGGUAAUAUCCUGAACCAAAAGCCUUGCUAAUUGCAGGCAAAUGUAAUGCUUUAAACAGAGAGUGUUGGAGAGAUUCUAACAUUUCAGGUUUGGGGGGGAAGUGCUGCUCAAUUAGCUUUGAAAGUCAGAAACAAAACCUGCAAGCAACUUGGCUAUCAAAGGGAUUAUAUAUUCCCCCAGGAACUCACGACAGUCGAAGCAUGAAUAACGUUUUUCUUUAGCUCUGCAUCAUCUGUUUCCACCCACCCCUUCCUCUCUUUCAGAACGUCAAAAUUAGGGAUUCCAUUUGGGGUCGUAGCUAUCAUAAUGGGGCUAAUUUUGUGUGUGUGCUUUGCUGAUGACUGUUGGGUAAGUAAAAAAGAAAAAGAAAAGAAAAUGUCCAAAGCAUUAAAAAAAAGAAAAAGAAAAUUGUACUGCCAGAUAGUAUGUGUUUGCCUUAAAUGCAUUUGCAUUGAAAUUUUUUUAUAUCACUGGGGUAAAUGUAAUACCAGCUGUGCUUGUAAAAAUCUCCACAUAUUAUUUCUACCUGGGGCUGUUGAUCUGGAUCCUAAGAAUUGCUUAGUCCAUGGUUGUGGAACUCGCUUUUUUUAACAUAAGGGCCACAUUUACAGUUACUAAUUUCAAGGUUGCCAUGGCCAAUAUCUAUCAGCCAUUGUCUGCCUGGCUUAAGUGGGAAUGAGUUUAGAUUCCUCCUGAACAUCAGUAGUGGGGGAGGCAGGCACACCUCACCAGGUAAGGCAUUCCACAAACAGGGAGGCACCACCGAGAAGGCCCUGCAGUUGGGCAGUGCAGUUGGGCAGCUGCUGGAGGAGACACCACCACCAAGAGGGCAUGCCCUGCCUGCCAAUCACAGGGCCCAUUGUGGUUGGUAUUGGGGAAGUCAUUCUUCCCCAGGAUCUGCCUUCCCAUUCAUCUUGCAGUGGAAAGCCACACGACCCCCUUCUGCUGUACAAAACCACGUUGCUAGUAAACAAUGGCCUUGCGGCAUUGGCAGCUGCUGGAGAGAGAGAAGUAAGACCAAAGCUCUUCCAUUUUAAGAACUGUGUGCGAGGAAUCGCCUCCUGUAAACAGCAGAAAAUGUCAAACAUUUGUUGCUAUAGCAUGGUUGUAGGGAAGGAGGUAAGAGCUGGUAUGCUUAUGUGUCAUGCUGUGCCUCUGUCAUCUGUUUGCAGAGACCCUGUUCAAAGCAGUGGCCCCCAGCCCGCUAUCUCCGCACGCUUUCAGAGAAAAUGGAGACAAUGCCAGCCGUGAGGCUCCCGCUGGCCACUAUUGCAAUCGGCUCUCUGUUAAUUCUAGCUGUUUCUAACUUGGUAAUUCCUUUUCUUUAUUAUUUCAUGAAAUUUAUACACCGCUUGACUCUAAAGGCAGAAGCAACCCCCCCCCCCCAAAAAAGCAGUCUGUAAAGAAAAUAAAAAAAAUGAAUAGACUUCCUCAGCAUUCUCUGCCCUCUAGCAGAAGGUCUCUUGCACUAGCAGACAGGUGAGUUUUAAUAUUACGCAACAGAGGAGUUGCACAAUCUGUUGUGCAGCAGAGCUACCAGCAACCUGCCUAUGCAUUCUCUUUCACAACAAUGUUCUGCUUCUGCAGAAUUUUAAACUAUGCAGCACAUAAUUAAACUGUGGAACUCAGUCCCACAGAAGGCAGCGAUGAUCAUCAACCUAGAAGGCUUAAAAGAGCCUUAGACAAAUUCAUGGAGGAAAGGGCUCUCAGCAGCUACUAACCAUGAUGGCUAUUCUCUGCUUCCUCAGUUGGAGGCAGUAAUGCUCUUGAAAAGCAGUUUCUGGAAAGGGAGAGUGGAGAGUGAUCUUGUGCUCCAAUCCUGCUUGCUGGUUUCCCACCGGCCUCUGGUUGGCCACUGAUCCAGCAAGCUCUUAUGUUCUUAACAUUUCAAGUAAGACUAAGGGACUAAGUGAUUUCAAGAGCUUAAUUCAUUGCCACAAGCUGUGAUAAUGACUAGUAGCUUCAACAACUUUAAAUAUGGAUUGUACAAAGGGUGGGUAGAUCUAUCAGCUGGCAUCAGCCAGUUCAUUUGUUCACCAUAAAGGGUGGGAUUGCAGAUUGUUUUAGCUAAGGCUCUUAUCCAUCGGGUUGUGUUCUAAGUAGCACUAACUUGCCCCAUCAGUGCAAGGAUUUACAGUAGUGCAAUAUAAUUCCCCCCUUCCUCUCCCAACGUGCCACCUAAAUCUUUCUAGGCAUUUUCACAGUUCUCCAAAGCAGAUUUGCGGAAGGAUGCGGGGCACACAUGGCAGGAAGAGAGCAGGGAGGAGAAGUCCCACGGCACAAGUGGAAAUCCUUUCAUUGACUAGACGCAUUGGUGAUAACUGCCAUUGUUUUGUAAUAAAGCUAUGUAUUUGAAUUCCUAACUAGCUUCUAAUUUUUUAAUUAGCACACAGACCAGACUAUUGGAAACUGCACUACACCAAACCUGGUGAGUUUUAAAAAGCAAGUUUUGUUUGCUAUAUUAAUAACCUUUGGUUUAGUAGCCCAAGAUCAGAGAUCUAUUUCUUAUUUAAAAUGCAAACUUUUUAAAAAUUACUGGUGUUCUAACCAUCUAGCUUUUCUAUUACCUUUCUCUUUGCAUUUCACUGUUACAUUUUAAUUCUCCUUUCAUGUGUACAAUAAAACAAAACGAGAGGGGUUUUUUUAAAAAAAAAUUACCCUAAUGAUCUAUUCAGCUUCUCAGUUUUGGAAUCCUUUGGUUGUAUUUUAAAUUACUCAUGAUCCACGUGCAGAAGCCUUGGCCAAAAAAAAGUGUGGUGGUGGCAGCGGUCAAAAAUAAAUGAAUGAAAUUGACACUUGAGAGAGAGAGAGAGAGCCCAGCUCACAAUCAAGGCAUGGAGAAGGGCCAUUGCUUAGUGAGCGGUUCUCAACCUGUGGGUCCCCAGAUGUUGUUGGACAACUCCCAUCAUCCCUGAGCUCUGGCCUUGCUAGCUAGGGAUGAUGGGAGUUGUAGUCCAACAACAUCUGGGGACCCAAAGGUUGAGAAAGGCUGGCUUAGAUGGAAAGCAUCUGCUUUGCAUGCAGAAGGGCCCAGGUUCAAUCCCUGGCAUCUCCAGGUAGGGAGAGAUCCCAGCCUGAAACCAUGGAGAGCCGUUGCUCAUCAGUGUAGGCACUACUGAGCAAGAUGGACCAAUGGUUUGACUCAGUAUAAGGUAGCUUCCCGUGUCCCUAUGUUCAUCCCUGAGCUGCUCCAUUCUGAAAUAUUCAUUAUGGUUCAAGUCACAACAGCUCCAUGUUUUCUUUAGCCAACCACCAGACAGUCCUGUCGAUUAAUCAUUUUGCUCUGCAUGUUGAUGGAGCCUGGCCUGCCACAGACAACAAACAAUAGUCUCUCUCUCUCUUUCUCUUUCUCUUUCUCUUUCUCUUUCUCUUUCUCUCCUGCUCUAACAAAGCAGCAGGUGGGCAACAGUUCUUCUGAAAACAGCGACAUGCUGAGAAUUGAAGCUGAGACCUACUCAGUGAGUAAAUUUGAUCUUAAAAUAUGGGUUUAGAUACAUGCUGGAGAGAAUUGCUUAAAAAAAAAUACCAACACUUGUGCAAAAGCAGGCUGUUGGUUCUCUUUGCUUGGCUUCUGGCCACAGCAGAAAAGUGAGAUUGCCUCGCUUUUCCAAUGCCAACAUUCCGUUGUGCUCCAGCACGAUCAAGAAACAACUCAAGUUAGGGCAAUGCAGAGAAUGGGCUGGCUUGAUUUCUAAUGGAUCUGGCCACUGGGUUCUGGUGGGGUGAGGGAUAAAAUUUCAUGUAAAUAUGUAUGAAUUUUCAUGAGGACUUUGCAGUUUUUAAAAAAAACAGAUAUGAAAAUGUGGAGAACAGAAUUUAGGAUUGGAGAAAUGAGAAACUGAGAGAAGCCAAAAUUGACAAAUUUGCCCAUACCUAGGACAUGACUACAUAGGCAAUCAGUGUGCCAUGAUAUUAUUUAUUUUUACACACACACAUACACACAUAUACAUACAGAUUUUUUUAAAGCCGCUCCUCUUCUGUUCCAGUAUUAUACCUACUGCUGCCUUCUGGGUUUCAUUGCCUGCUCUGUGUUCCUUCGAAUGAGCUUUGAACUGAAGCUUAUCCUUUUGUCAGGAGCCGUCGUUGGGUAUUUCAUUGUAUUUAAUAGCAACCUGCUUUUGUGCUCCAGCCGCAGCAACGUCAGUGACUCCACCACAAGGUAUGGUAUCUUGCUUCUCAAUGGUAACAACACUCUGUAAGCUGAUGAUGAGCUUAGUGGAAUUGCAAACUGCUGCUCCGGGAAGUGAUCUCAUAGAUUACAGUUUCUUAAGAAGCUGGGAACAGACCCAAAGUAUGCUGCAGCAUAGUGACAUUAGCUGCAUUAGGAACCCUUUUCCACCAGUGAAAAAGUUGAGUUCUUGGGUAUUGUGUGGAUAAUGAUUACGCUAGUGUUGCAGUGCAUUUGCUGUCACUGCAACAUGUCGCACAAGACCUUCCUCCUACCUGAAGCAUUUUCAGAUGUUUAAACCACUCUGCCAUUUUCAUGCAAACACAGGAAAUUGCCUUGUGCCAAGUCAGACUAGAGAAGACCCUAAAUGGCCUCCUUACUUAUCACUGUGUUCAUCGGUGAUGAACUUGGGAGGUCACCUCGUUGCUUUUCUCUCUUGGCCCACCUGCACCAUACAGUUAAAGUGCUACGAUACGACUUUAAAUAAGCCAUGGCUUCCUGCAAGGAAUCCUGGGUGCUUAGAGCAUUAGGAGACCCCUAUUCCCUCUCACAGAGCUACAAUUUACAGAGUGGUUUAACAACCAAUUCCUCUUUACAGGGAGCUCUGGGAAUUGUAGUGCUAUGAGGGUAAUGGGGGAUCCACUAUUUUAUGUUUACAAACUUAUUCUCUCUCCGACACCCGUUCAAGAUGGUGCAUAAUGUGGAAUUUGCCCAAUCAAAUCUCAAACUGGAAAAAAGCCCCAUCAAAUAUUUUUUGUUUCAUGAGCUGGAAAUGCUGCAAGCUUGUCUUCCAUUUUGACCUCUUGCCCUUGAGAGUAGUAUUUAUCCGAGUAUCAAACUCAGAAGCGGAUGGCAGUGGUGUUUACUUAACCCUACAAACCCAGGGGUGUCCCCCCCCCUUGCAGGAGACAAUAUUUGACAGUAAUUUAAUUUCUUUUCUACUGUGGAUGGGUGUCUUUGUGUCUUGUGAAUGGUUCCAAUGUGCAAUCUGGCAAACUCUUGUUUGUAGUCCUCUGUAUCGCUUGAAACUUUGAACGUUUUAGAGAUGCAUUUCCAAAAAUUUAAGCAUGGGUGUUUCACACAUAGUUCCAAAUGCUUUUAAAAUGAAUGUUUUUGUUUUGUUUGCUUUUUGUUUUAGGUUUUUUAUGAAAGAACCAAGAAUAAUGACAAAUUUAUACCUGGCUCUGUUUUACAUAACUUUGGUUCUACUGUCAAAACAGGUAGGCAACUCAGUCCUCAUAGGUGAGCGAUUUGCCCAGAGCUUUCUGUCUUCAGUUUAUUUGUGAUGUGACAUUCCGAAACUUUUUUUCUUCUUACUGUGAUUUGUGGGAAGAUUGAUUAAAUAAAUAAGAAUAAGAUUGAAUAAAUCAAUAAUUUUCAUGUGGUAGAAUGGAUGGUACCAUUUUAGUCUGCAGCUGGGGGGAGUAUGUGUUUGUUUGUUUUUAAAAAAAGACUCCACUAUGGGUAUCCCUGCAAAAUUAUUUUGUGGUGUUUUCCACAUCUGCUGCAUUUUGUAACAAAUCAGACACUAUAGGAUUUGUUCUGAAGUGCACACAGUCUCUCUAUGCUUGUGAGUUGUGUUUCCUCAGUUUGGCAGUUGGUUUUGAACGGUGGAAAGUCCCACUUGCACAGAGAUCAAAUCUGUGAGGCUAUUACUAGUGAUGAUGAUGUCUUAAUGACAGCUGAGGCAGGUCUGGGAAACACAGCGCAGUGAUUUGGGAUAAAUAAUUAGGUACGAUUUAAAAUAGAAAUGUGGCUUGUGGGAGCAUGUUAGACAAUUAAUGAAUGCUGCACGUGUACAGGAGUAUGGGCAUUUGUUUGUGGCUUAGUACAUUUGGCUUGCAUGGGGAAGAAAAUGUGUGGGGUGCAAUUUGGGGCGUCAGGGGUUAAAUACUUGGCUUAUUGGUCAAGUCUCUCAUUUUAAAAGAUUUCAAGCUUUUGAAGGAGGAACAGUUGAUUUCAUGGACAUUAAAAAUGUCAUGGAGCCCCUGAACCCACAAGGCAUUAAACAAGUUUGCUGCAAAUACACAAAGCUGUUUCUAGUAUUUUCAGCUUGUUGAUAUUAAGGCUGGGUUUCAUAAUUCCUUGGUUUAUUUGUUUUUUGCAGAUAGACUAUUACUGUCGUCUGGACUGCCUACAAAAGAAUAAAUUUAAACAGGAACACGAGUCGUUUGAAACUAUGGAAAACGUGAACCGGCUGCUGCUGGAGAAUGUGCUCCCAGCUCACGUCGCUGCCCAUUUUAUUGGGGACAAAUUAAAUGAGGUAUAGAACAAUAAGAUUCACAUUGCUCCAUUGUGCUUUCAUUCACUCCUCUGCUAAUUUUUAAGAGAUCGCUUGUUGAAAACAGCACGAGGACAAAGCAGUAGAAGCCCCAUGGUCUAAAGAGCAAAAUAAAUCUUAAGUCUCAUUCACAAUAUACACCUGAAGUGCUCAACCACUUUAAAGUCAUGGCUUACCCCAAAGACUUCUGGGAGCUGUCGUUUGUUAAGAGUGUCGUGAAGAGUGACAAAUUUCCGUCUCAGAGCUACAAUUCUCAAAAUUCCCUGGGAAGAAGGAGUGGUUGCUAAACCACUCUGGAAAUUGUAGAUCUGAGAUUUCUGACACCUAGCGUGCAUUUACGUCUUUGAAUUUACAUGUGCUUAGACCGUGUUGCUUUAGUUGUAUGGGGAGAUGGAAGCGACUGGUAGCGAACAAUGAUAUUGUUGAAACUGUUGUUGCAUUUCCUGCAGGAUUGGUACCAUCAAUCCUAUGACUGUGUCUGUGUCAUGUUUGCCUCAGUACCUGACUUCAAGGUGUUCUACACAGAAUGUGAUGUCAACAAGGAAGGGCUGGAGUGCCUUCGACUCCUCAAUGAAAUAAUUGCCGAUUUUGACGAGGUACCUCUUGAGGCUUGUGUGGACCUCUUGGUGUUGGGAUUGGUUCUCUCUCUGCCCGCCCCGCCCCCCUGCCCCAUGUUAAAUAGCCAGAAAUGAGUAUUCUCCCCUCAAGACUUCAGUGUAGUAAAGAGAGAUUUUCUUCUCCACAGAGGAGAGAAUUGGCUUCUUGAGUCAUGUUAGGAAGGUCCUUGGAGCCUGCUUGGCAGCACUUAAAAAAAUGUGACUGGUUGGAUAUGCAUCAGAAAGGUGUAUCAUAAUUCAGUGGGAGAACACAUGCUUUGAAUGCAGAAGGUUCCUGGUUCAGUCCCUGGCAUCUCCAGGUAUGGAUGGGAAUCCCUUCUGAAACCCUGGAGAGCCACUGCUAGUCAGCAUUGAGCAAAAUGGACCCAAUGUUCUGCCUCGGUAGGAAACAGCUUCCUAUGUUUCAGGGAGGGGGGAAACUGUGGUCCUCCCAUCUCCCAUCAGCUCCACCAUGUUCAGUGGACAGAGAGGAUGGGAUUUGUGGUCCAGCAGCAACUGUAGAAGGCCAGGAGGACAGUAGCCCUCCCUCGCUCUUGUUCCCCAUCAAGAGGCAUGCUGGUUCUGAUCCUGGAUCUGAUACUUCAUAGUCAUCCUGACUAGCAGCUGUUGAGAGCCUUGUUUUCCUUCCAAUUGACCUGGGUAUAAGGCAGCUUUCAUAUGAAGAAAAGUAUCCUUGAACCAGAGAACCAUGGUUUGAUUUGCAUGCUUGGGCAGGAUGACGCACCUACUUCUAAAACCUUAUCUUGAAAGGGUUGCCAUCAAGGGUCAAAACACGAUGAAAGGGGUGUGGGUGGGUGUAUUCAUGCAGGCAUAUUAAUCAACCUAUUGGGGAAGUCAGAAACACACAACCAAAUCUUAAAACCCACGCAUCCUUCCCAUGUAUUUUGUACUUGGUGAUCGGUAUGAAGUGAAAAAAAAUGUAGCAGGAAAACCAACCCUAUCUUGAGCAGUAUAGCCUCUUCCGCUUGUCUAGCUUAUUCCACUGGAAACUCUGGCCUGUGAGAAGACUGUAACAGGACAAAGAAUCAUCCAGGUCCUGGAUUUUAAUGGUUUUCUCAUUUUUUUCCCAAACAGCUGUUGCUGAAACCUAAAUUCAGUGGUGUUGAAAAAAUCAAAACUAUUGGGAGUACAUACAUGGCAGCAUCAGGACUCUGUGUUACCCCAGGCCAAGAGAAUAAUCUGGUAAGUCACCUGCUGAAAUACAAGCCACUUUGAUAGUGUGUGUGUGUGUGUGUGUGUGUGUGUGUGUGUGUGUGAAAGAGAGAGAGAGAGAGAGACAGAGAGAGAGAGAGAGAAAUCAGGGUUCUAAUUCCCACUCAACCAUGAAGCUCCCUGGGUGACCUUGAGUCAGGCACUGCCUCCCAGCUUGGCCUACCUCACAGGGCUGUUGUGGGGAUUAAAAGAGGAGGGGGAGAACCAUGUGUGCCCCCUUGAACUCCUUGGAGAAAAAGGUGGGAUAUAAAUGCAAUAAAGAAAAUGAAAUAAAUAAAUAAAUGUGAGUUUUGUUGCCAGCUACUUUAAGCAGAAAAGGGACGUGGGUGGCGCUGUGGUCUAAACCACAGAGCCUAGGGCUUGCUGAUCAGAAGGUCAGCGGUUCGAAUCCCCGCGAUGGGGUGAGCUCCCGUUGCUCGGUCCCUGCUCCUGCCAACCUAGCAGUUUGAAAGCACGUCAAAGUGCAAGUAGAUAAAUAGGUACCACUCCAGUGGGAAGGUAAACGGCGUUUCCGUGCACUGCUCUGGUUCGCCAGAAGCGGCUUAGUCAUGCUGGCCACAUAACCCGGAAGCUGUACGCUGGCUCCCUCGGCCAGUAAACUAAGAUGAGCGCCGCAACCCCUAACGGUCAGGGGUCACUUUACCCUUUACCUUACUUUAAGCAGAGAGAGGAAUGUAGGUGUCCACUGCUUUACCUGCAGUUCUAGGAUACACGUAUAUCUGCACUCCAUUAGUGGAGGGGUAGCUACCUCUGGCCAUCAAGAUGUCAUUGGACUAAAAAACCCCUUCUGGCUGGGGCUGAUGGGAGUUGUGAGUGCUGAAACAACCUGGAGGGCCACAGGUUCCCUACCCCUGCACUAAUAACUUAAAGCAAAGAUCCUCUUAACACUCUCCCCCCUGCUCCAAAAUAUUGUUUAGGACCAGGAAAGACAGCAUGCUCAAAUUGGCAUCAUGGUGGAAUUUGCGAUGGCUUUGAUGACUAAGCUGGAUGGCAUCAACAGGCACUCAUUCAACAAUUUCCGUCUCAGAGUUGGUAAGUUCAAUCCACUCCCCCCACCAAAAAGUGGUGGGGCAGAAUGAAUUAUCUUGGGGACACCACUGUAUUUCUUCCAUAUUCAGUGAUUUUAAAAAUCACUACAUCUUAGAAGAACAAUCUAAUCCAGCAUUCUGUUCUGAUAGCAGCAAACCAAAUAUCUGUGGGAAGCCCGCAAGCAAGAUCUGAGCACAAGGGUGCUCGCCUUUCCGUUGUUUUUCGGCAAGUGGUAUUUGGAAACAUUACUACCUCCAGACCUAGUGUGAUUUACACUAUUGCUUAAGAACCACAACCAAAGAACAUAAAAAGAGUAUUGCUGGAUCAGACCCAAGGGUCCAUCUGGUCCAGAAUCCCGUUUCCCACACUAGUUGAUCAGAUGCUUGUAGGAGGCCCGCAAGCAGAGCACAGAAACACGAGGCGCUAUGUUGUUCUCAUUCAGACCACUGGUCCACCUAGCUGGUCCACCUAGCCUCAACUGACCAGCUGGGUUUCAGGCAGGAGUCUCUCCCAGCUGGGAGUGGUUGGACUCCAGUUUCAUAUAGCCCCAGCCAGCAUGACCAUUGCUCUGAGUAUUCACUACUGACUGGCUCUCCAGGGUUUCAGGCAAGAGUCUUUCCCAAUUUUACCUGGAAAUUCCAGGGGCUGAACCUGGGACGACCUCCACCUCCCAGUAAGCUAAUGAAACCCAGAUAGUGUUGCUAUGACCAGAUACUGAUCAGCUUACAAUAACAUAGAGGUGGACUUCUUCACGGGGUAGUAGCAGUGUUCCCUGCUGAGAUACAAGAAGCCCCAUCAGUAUUGGCAUCCCGCCGGCUUCUGAAGACAUGCCUUUGUUUAGGCACACAUUCCCUUGAAUUGAACAUAUGAUUUUAUUUUCCCAUGCUGGCAUACAGCGCCUUCCUCUUCUUGUGGCAAGAAGCCACAGGAGCGGAAAGCAAAAUUUUGUUUUAACCUUCCCUUUCCUGUUCUUGCAGGCAUAAACCAUGGCCCUGUGGUAGCUGGUGUGAUUGGUGCUCGCAAACCACAGUAUGACAUCUGGGGAAACACAGUCAACGUUGCCAGUAGAAUGGAGAGUACAGGAGAACUUGGGAAAAUCCAGGUAAAAAAAAAUAAAAAUUGGGCAGAGGGGUGAAGGAAACCUGUACGAUUAGAACAUAAGAAGAGUCCCUCUCCAAACCCAGAACUAAGGAGGUCAUUGUGACUGUUUCCAUUGCCUUUUAAUCUCAUCUCACCUACCCUGCCUGCUUCUUGAGUCCCUUCUCCCCAGGAGCAGCCCAGAUCUUUCACUGUCCAGCAGGAAAGAGGUUGGGGGAAAGCUGUAUAGUUUAUUCCUGUUGUGGAGGUUUCCUUGUUCCUCUUUCUGAUGUUUGUGGUUAUUUGUUUAUUUAUUUUGCAUGCUCUUAGCAGGAGUAGUAGCUGGGCCUGAAAGGGAUGAAAUGCUCACUUGGAAUUGUGAAUGGACUCAUGUUUUUUCUGUGCACAGGUUACAGAAGAGACUUGCAAAAUACUGGAGAACCUGGGAUAUGCCUGUGAAUGCCGAGGACUUAUUAACGUCAAGGGAAAAGGAGAACUGGUGACUUACUUUGUGUGCACGGAUACAGCCAAAUCCCAAGCGCUUUGAUUCGAGCAAGAAACUGCUGAGAAAUUUGGUCAAAAUUUGUGUCUUGCUGGGCUUGGUUGUUUUUAAAAUAACUUCCUUUCCGGAAAGCCUGGAAACUCCACCUCAUGGAAAGGAGCUUAUGACAAAAACGAGUGCGGACUAGAAGUGUUAGUACUUGUAUCUCAAGAGAAAGGAUUGUGGAAAAGCUCUUUACAGCUGUGCCUGUCAAAAGAGUUUGCAGGUGUCCAUGUUGCAGAUUAUUCUCUCCUUUCCCUGCCAUGCAUCCACAGGACAGAGCUCCACUUCUGCACCUUUUUCAUGGAUUCACAGUUGAACGAAUUGCCUCCUUAAAACAUUCCACUGCCUCAUCCUUUCAGACCUGGUUUAACAGUAUUGCACUUGUCCAUGGACACAGCACCGCCUUGAGUUUGCAGCAGUCUUAUUACAUAAGGCAAUGGGACCGAAGACUCCUCUGCCUGAGAACUUUUUAACUGGAGAUGUCAGGGGUUGACUCUGGGAUCAACUGUACACAAAGCUUGUGCUCUUAUCAGUUGGUUGUGCUUCCCCCACCCUCCCACCUGACUUUGAGCUGCAGCUCUGCUCUAGAACUGGAUUUCAGUACCAGGAACUGUUGCACUGCCAGUAUCCUUCUUUACAACCACAACCCGGUCCUUAUAAACAUUUCUGUGGUGGUAGUCCUGUUCUGCUGCUAAACCAUACCCGGAUAUAUCAUACACAUCUGUUUUGCUUAUGCCUGUGCUAUUCUCUACUGGAGCAGAAGACAAGUGGUAUGAGGAACUUGCUUAUUUUUUGCUCACAUGGCUUAUUUUUUCUGGAUUCUGGGUCUGGAAACAUUCUUAGCCUUGGUUCUUGAAUGUGCUUUCCACUCUGGGUGGAAAUGUGUGGGUGGCUUCUCCUCAUACACCUUUUGCUUGUGCUGUAAUGUUUUUUGCACUUCACCAGGUGCUUUUUAUUUCAGCAGCUAUUAGUGCCCUACAGCAACAUGCUUAACAUCAGCAGUGUGAGUGUGUGUGUGUGUGUAAAAAUCCAGAUUCUUGCACUUGGUAACCCUGCUCAUAUAAUUGUGAGUAGCUUCAAAUAGUUUUCACUGCUGGCAUGGCAGUGCUGUAAGGCAGGCAGAAUUGGGUGAUACACACUCUUAAAAUACGGCACAGAGAAACUUCCAGUGUCUUCCUUAAUUCGUCUGAUAAAAAGAAGUAUAGUUUCUGGGGAUACAGAUCUCUCUCUUUCUUGUGGGUGUAACAAACCAUGGGGCAGCCCAUUGGCAGCUACAGUGCAAGUUUUGUACAGUUAGUGAACCCCUCCCUCCCUCCCAAACUAUUGUAUUGCUAGAUUUUAUCAUUGGCAAGAGGCUGCCACCUGUUUUCAUAUUUUUAUGAUAAAAAUGAACAGAGAGGGCACAACCAAAUACAAUGUCCACCCUGAGCCAGACUUGAACUUCGUAUGUCUACCACCUUUUGCUAUGCCAUGGGUUUUUGCUCCAGUCCCAUUAGACAAUUUGAGAGGGGGGGACAAUUUGUUAAUGAUUAUUCUUUCUCCUGUUGUCUGUAGAGUAUUCAUUUCUUUCUAGCUUCAGUGACAUUUAGCACAGACCAAGUCAGUUUAAGGAAACUCCAAAAUUGACCACCUGAAUAUCAACCUAUAUAACUAACUAGGUGAAGGAGAAAUACUAUGGGUUUCAGAACUCAUUUUGGAAACACCCCACACCUCACACCCAUGUGUGAGGCAUGCUAAUUGGGAGUAGGGAAAGCACAGAAAGCUGGCUUCUGAACAAAAUAAUUUUUCAGGUAGAACUCAUUUAGUCUGCUUAAAUGAUAUCGGAUUGGAUCCAAAGAUGCAGAAGGUACAGGUUUCAGUAGAGCCUUGUACAAGAAGAAACUAAAUUGCAAAAGAUGGAGAUCUGCUUUUCCAGCUUGUUGCAGGAGCUUAAGAAUGGCUCUAGAAUCUACCUGUUUUAUUAAUGGGUAAACUCCUGAGUUGUUUGCAAAUCAGGGCCAUCAGCUUAUGCUCACUAUUUUUUGGGAUCCAAUCCACUGUACCUGCCAUUAGGUCUAUUCACAGGGGCUAACCUUGAAAUUUUUUUAUCUUAUGAAAAUUACUUCUGUCUGACAGGCUUUUCACAGGAGAACCAGAAACAAACCACUAAGUCUUAUGGGCAAGGGGAAAAGGUGUAAAUUGUUUACAAUGUGAAAAGAAGAGAGAGUUGUUUAUGUGCCCCAUGGGGGGGGGGAAUGCUUAGCAGCGCAGUGCUAUGCAUGUGUACUCAGAAGUAAGUCAUACUGGGGCAAUGGGUUUACUCUCAGGUAAGUGCACAUAGGAUUGCAGUCUGACUUUAUGUGGGGCACAACAGAACUGUGUUGACUAGUACCUGGGCAUAUCCUAGGAAAGCAAAAUGAAUGGCUUUGCAUUGAAGUGUUCUAUAAAUUUAAAUGUGAAUACCAUGAAACAUUUUGAAAUUGUAUGUUUUUCCCUGUGAUUGAGAUUCUGUAGAAUGCCUUUGGCUCUGCUCCAAUUUGCAAGUCACUCUCUGGAGUAACUUAACUGAAAUCCAACUGAAGUUUAUGGAAAUCAUUCCAAGACUUGAGGACUGUGACUCUAGUAUUUUUUAAAAGGUUUUCAGAGUAGAAUGUGACUAACUGUGCAAAGAUUUCUGGCAUUCUUUGCCCUGGAUGCAGCCCUGUUGUGUUCAUUAUAAUUACUGUGUAAUUAACUUAUGCGGAGGUUGAAGUGCCUAUGUUUCAUGACAGGAACAAAACUCUUCUAGUCAAGUCCUACUGUGGCUUUUAGGACUUUUGGAAAGUCUUAGCUGUCUAGAGUAGGUCACACUGGAAAGUAGCAAGAUAGGGUAGUCCUAGGUAGGAUAAAAAGGAAACUUACGCGAUUGUAUUUUGUUAUAGCAGCAAGUUAAUGUGAAAUAUGAUAACACUGCUUUCAGUUCUUACUUUAUUGUGCAUUUGUUAGAAUGCUUUAGUUCAAAGGUUCCACCUUUAAUCUCUGCAACUGUUUGUCAUCGUUUGGCAUCAGUUAUCAAACGUCAUAUGUUAACAGCAGAAACUCAAGUAUUAAUGUUUAAUUGUUUAUGUUCAUAUUCUACUGCAAGUCAAGGUAACUUGUCUACCUUCUGUUUUAAUUCUAAAUUUCCCAGAUUAAAAAUUUAGGAUGUGUUUGUUGUCUAAUUGCUCUUCUUUUGUAUCAUUUUAAAUUCUUUAAGAAGUGCAUUUCAUAAAAGUAAAUAUUUCAUUCUUGCUUUAUGUGAUCACGUUCCCCAGGCUGUUAUAAUGAAAGAGCAAUGUUACAUGAAGCACCUCUUGCCCUCCAUUUGACUGUCAACAAAGGAAAGACAUUGUGCUGCCUGAGGGGAAAAAACAAACCCCAAAGCAGGCCUCUUUGCUAGUUUCUUUUCUUAUGUUGCCAGUUUGCUUUUGGAGUAUGUUCAAGGGAAAGCAGUCAGCUGUUCAAGUCUAAGGCUGCUGCCCUGUGUACAUCUCUAGAUGGAUUCUGCUGAAUGUGAGUAAACUCAAUAAGGCAUUGUUAUGUCUGAUGUGAUGUGAAAACUUGUCUAGGGUGACUCAAUUUAAAUUGAACAUUGUUGCCCACAGCAGCCAUGAUAAGCUUUCCUUUUGCUUCGUCAUG